CCACUGUAUUCUGCUCUGGUCAGACCUCACCUGGAGUACUGUGUCCAGUUCUGGGCACCACAGUUCAAGAAGGACACUGACAAACUGGAAUGUGUCCAGAGGAGGGCAACCAAAAUGGUCAAAGGCCUGGAAACGAUGCCUUAUGAGGAACGGCUAAGGGAGCUGGGCAUGUUUAGCCUGGAGAAGAGGAGGUUAAGGGGUGAUUUGAUAGCCAUGUUCAAAUAUAUAAAAGGAUGUCACAUAGAGGAGGGAGAAAGGUUGUUUUCUGCUGCUCCAGAGAAGUGGACACGGAGCAAUGGAUCCAAACUACAAGAAAGAAGAUUCCACCUAAACAUUAGGAAGAACUUCCUGACAGUAAGAGCUGUUUGACAGUGGAAUUUGCUGCCAAGGAGUGUGGUGGAGUCUCCUUCUUUGGAGGUCUUUAAGCAGAGGCUUGACAACCAUAUGUCAGGAGUGCUCUGAUGGUGUUUCCUGCUUGGCAGGGGGUUGGACUCGAUGGCCCUUCUGGUCUCUUCCAACUCUAUGAUUCUAUGAUUCUAUGAAAUAAAAGGACAUCUAAAUAAAUGGAAUAAAUUGAACUUGUCCUUAUGGGGAAGGAUAUCCUUGAUAAAAAUGUCAAUUCUACCAAAAAUGCUCUUCCUUUUCCAGACGAUCCCAAUAAUUAUCGGGACAAAAUGUUUUAAAGGUUGGCAAAGGGAUCUUUCUAAUUUUAUCUGGCAAGGUAAGCCAAGAGUAAGGUUCAAAGUACUGAUGGAGCCUAGAGAAAGGGGCGGGUUUGCAGUCCCAAACCUCAAGCUGUAUUUUGAGGCUGCAUGCAUGACAUGGCUGAAAGACUGGAUGUUACUGACAGAUACCGAAAUCUUAGACCUGGAGGGCUGGGACAAAGUUUUCGGGUGGCAUGGCUACCUGGGUCAUGAUAAAAUAAAAGCACAUAGAGGAUUCACUAAUCAUUUGGUGAGAAAGGCCCUAUUCGAAGUCUGGGAAAGAAAUAAAACAAUAGUAGCAGCCAAAACUCCCUGGUGGCUAUCACCUAUAGAGUCAUCAGCCUUGCAUAGAAGCAAUAUGAAAGAUAGCUGGCUAACAUAUAGGGAACUCGUAGAAGAGAUAAAAGAUUGCCCAACAGUAAAGAAAUUUGAAGAAUUAAAAGAGAGGGGGGUGAAUUGGUUAGAAUAUGUCCAAUUAAAAACAAUAUUUGAGAAGGAUAGUAAGCUUAAGGGGUUUGAUAAAAAAAAUCUUGGUAUGGGAAAAAGAAAUUUUAUAUAACAACCAACAGACUCUCUCAAAAAUAUAUAAACUGUUACAAAAUGGGAAAGUAGAAAAGGAGGAAAAACGAGACGCUAUUAAAAAAUGGGAACAAGAUCUGGGCCACCCAAUUGAAUAUAAUGAAUGGGAAAGACUAUGGACAAAAAAUAUAAAUUUUACAGCAUGUUACUUAAUAAGAGAGAACUAUAUGAAAAUGUAUCACAGGUGGUACCUGGCACCAGAAAGGCUUGCAAAAAUGAAUAAAACAUAUAAUAAUAAGUGCUGGAGAUGCAAGAUACAAAAAGGAACCUUCUACCAUAUGUGGUGGACAUGCCCCGAAAUUGGGAAAUUUUGGAGCAUGAUCCACAAAGAAAUAAAGAAAAUAUUAAGAAUACCAUAUAGUAAAAGGCCAGAGGCAUUCCUUUUAGGAAUGUUAAAUGACAAUAUCCCAAAAGACAAAACUAUUUUUUUCUUAUACGCAACGUCUGCAGGAAGAAUCCUGGUGGCUAAGUACUGGAAAGGGAAUCAGUUACCCACUAGGGGAGAGUGGCUAUGUAAGCUAACUUAGAAUUAGCCAAAUUGACAGAUAUAAUAAGACAAAAACCAAAAAGUGAGGUAAAAAAAGAAUGGGAGUGCCUAAAUGAAUACCUAAAAAGUCAAGGUUCGAGGGCAGAAAUCUGGCUGAGUCUGGAAUAACCUUGUGAAGUGAAAGGAUAUGAAAGAAGGAUUUAUAUCUAGAUGUUAGGAUAGAGUGAAUAAAGAAAACAGGAAGACAGGAAGACACAAUGAGAGAUAAAGGAGGUGCUGUGGGAUUGGUGGAAGUCAAUGUCUUGUUGUUUUAGUGUUUAUAAUAUUAACUUGUAAGAUAUGGAUUUGUUUGUUUGUUUGUGUUUUUUUAGUUUUUGAAUGUUGAUUUCUGUGUGUUGUGUAUUGUUAUUUUUUGAUAGCUUUCGUGUUGUGUGGAAAAUACUAAUAAAAUUCAUUUAAAAAAAGAUAAGGUGAAUUGGCUUCAAUACUAUCAAAUCAAUGAAUUAUUGAAGAUCGAUAAGAGAAAUGGUUUUGCAACAGAAAAAAACAAAUUGGAGAUGGAGUUGUUAGAUACUAAUGUUAAAAACAUGUCUAAAAUGUAUAACCUGUUGUUGGAGCGGCAUACAAAGGAUGAACAAGUUAAAUCGGUCAUGAUUGAUUGGGCACAAGAUGUAGUACAUAAUAUAAUGAUGGAGGAUUGGGAGAGCCUAUGGAAGAAAGGGGUAAAAUUUACUGCAUGUACGACGUUAAAGGAAAAUAUAAUGAAAAUGAUGUAUAGAUGGUAUUUAACUCCGGUUAAAUUAGCUAAGAUUUAUCACAGUUGUGAUAAUAUAUGUUAGAAAUGUAAAGAAAAGGAAGGUACCUUUUAUCACAUGUGGUGGACAUGCUCCAAGGUGAGAGGGAAAAGAUUUAUAAUGAAUUUUAAAAAAUGUUGAAAUAUACAUUUAUAAAAAAACCAGAGGCCUUUCUCCUUGGAAUAAUAGGUUCUGAAAUGACCAAGAAAGAUGUAAAGUUAUUUUUGUAUGCCACAACUGCUGCUCGAAUUUUAAUAGCCAAGAAAUGGAAAACACAAGAACUACCAACUGUGGAAGAAUGGCAGAUGAAAAUGAUGGAAUAUAUGGAGCUGGCUGACCUUACUGGAGGAAUCUGCGACCAAAAAGAAGUGGAAUACCAAGAAGAGUGGAAGAAAUUUAAGGACUAUUUGAAUAAAUACUGUGAUAUUAAAAAUUAGAAAUUACUUGAAAGUACCAGAAUAGGCCUAGGAUUAAACUAAGAGUUAAUUAAAUAAAUAAGAUUUAGAACCUAAAGGAAAGUUAAUAAAUUUUAUUUUAAUUGGAAUACUGUGUUUUUAAAAAAUGAUACCAGAAAACUGCUGCAUUUUAAUUACAAGGAAAUUCAGACGGGAGGGCUCAGAGGAAGCCCAAAAUAUGUUUAUGAGGUUAGAAGUUUAAAUAAUUAAUUAAUUUGUGUUGUUUAGGUGUUUAGGUUGUUAGGUAUUUAGGUACCUUGUUUUUAUUUUCUUUUUUGUUUGUAUUUGUGAUCUUGUCUUCUUUCUUUUGUUUUUUCUCUGUUUUUCUUUUGUUCUGAUAUGUGUUAUAUCUGUAAGAAACUUAAUAUUUUAUUUUUUUUUAAAAGCAACAACUAAGAAGAAACUCAGGCCUUGAACAGGAAAUGUAUUUUCAGGAGCUUAUCAUAAGUUUGAAGGGGGACAUUGGAGGAAUGAGAGGAGAUUUGGAGGAAAAAAUCAAUACAAUUGAUGGGAAAUUAGAAAACACAAUGGGAAAAAAUGAAAAAGAAAAUGAAUAAAUAAAGAAAAAAUUAACAGAAGUCUUAGAAGGAAUGAAGGAGACAGAUAAGAAUGUACAAGAAAUAAAGAAUAAAAAUCAACAAAUGGAAGAGAUGGUGAAGAAAAUUAGCAAAGAACAAAGGGAACAAAGAAAAUAAAUGGACAGAUUGAAAAAGGAGAUGGAGGAACAAAAAGCAAUCCUGGAAGCUACUGGGGAUCAGCUGGCAAUGCUACAGAUGCAGAUUAAAGAGAAGACCUUGAGAUUCAGAAAUGUUCCAGAAGAGGAGAGGGAGAAUAUCUGGAAGAAGAUGAUCAAAAUUUUAGCAAAGUGGCUACAUUUACAGGAAAAAGACAUAAUAGAACAGACGGAGAAAAUCUUCAGAGUGAACUCAAGAAAAGCAAAAAUGAACAAAUGGCCAGCGGAUUGCAUCAUUGUAUUCACAUCGAACUGGAUGAAAGAUAAGAUCCUCCAAACAAAGAGUAAGAACAAGUUAACCAUAGAUGGAAAAGAAAUAAUAAUUCUGAUAGAAGUCCUACCCAGGUUAAUAAAAAAGAGACAGCAAUUCCAAUUUCUAACAAAAGCAUUAAAGGCCAAAUCAAUAGCCUUCAGAUGGGAAUACCCAGUGGGGAUUUCCUUCAAUUUCAAAGGAAAAAGAAGACGAAUUGAGACUUUUGAGGAAGCUGAUAUGUUUUGGAGCAAGUACCAAGGAGAAUUAGGAGGAGGGAAAAGUGAAGUAAGAAAUGAGGAAGGGAGAGCUAUCGGAUGAGGCGGAAGAAGAAGAAAGCUCAGCCAAGGGUGGAAGGAUAAAGAACUAUGCCAGUGGUAAUAAUCAGACCAAUAACUACUACAAAACUCUUCUCCUUUACCACCACAGAUAACUUAAACUCUUUCUACUAACUUUACAAUUUUUAAUUAAUAAAGAAUGAAAUUUAAAUUGUUAUCUUGGAACGUAAAUGGUUUAAACAAUAGGAGGAAAAGGCAGAAAAUAGAACGUAUCUUAGAGAGGCAGAAGUGGGACCUUGCUUGUUUACAUGAAACCCACAUUAAUAUUAAGCAUAAAAGAUUAUUGGUAAAACUAAAGUUAGGGGAAGAAUUCAUCGCAUCUGAUGUAAGAAAAAAGAGGGGGGUUGUAAUGUAUGUUAAAAGCAAAUACAAACCAGAAUUGCUAUAUGAAGAUAAAAAGGGGAGGAUUGUAAGUCAAAAUAUCACUAGAAGGGGAAACAAUUGUGGUAGCGGGAAUCUAUGGAUCAAACAAAAGAAAAUCAGAAUUCUAUGUUAAAGUAAGAUCAUUAUUAAUGGAAUAUAUAGAUAUGAGAAUUAUUGUGUUAGGCGAUUUAAAUGGAGUAAUGGAACCAGAAUUGGACAGAUCGCAGAAGAGAGGGGGAAAUGAAGGGAAGCUACCAAAAUGUUUUGUGGAAAUGGUAAGGAUUUUUUAUUUAGUGGAUAUAUGGAGAUAUAAAUAUCCUGUCGAAAAGGAGUUCACUUAUUUCUCAGAACCAAAAAAUUCAUAGUGCCGAAUCGACAGUAUAUGGAUUACUAAGGAUAUGACAAUUAAAGCAGAGAAUGCCUAAAUAUUACCAAAAACACUUACAGAUCAUAAUCUAGUAUCAUUAACUCUUAAAAUAAAAGAGAAGAAAGGGGGGGGGGGAAUGUGGAGAAUGAACGUUUUCCUAUUAAAAAACCAAAGAGUAAUACAAGGAGCCAGAAAGUUGAUGAAGGAAUAUUUUGAAAACAAUUGGAGGAAAGGGACAGAUGUAAAAACAGUGUGGGAUGCUGGGAAGGCAGUUGUUAGGGGAUAUUUCAUACCACAAAACUCAAUAGCAUAUAAGAAUAAAGAAAAAAAGAAAAGGGAGCUUUUAGAAGAAAUUAAAAGGAAGGAAAAAUUGGCCUAUGCAAGCAAAAAUAAAGAGAGAUUAAAUCAAAUUAAAUUACUGAGAGUAGAAUAUAAUAAAAUUAUAGAAAAGGAGGUAGAAAAACAAAUUAAAUUCUGGAAAUAUAAAAAUUUUGAAUGGGCAAAUAAACCAGGCAAGAUCCUUGCCUGGCAAUUAAAGAAACAAACAAAUGAAAAAUUAAUAAAUAAGAUAAAAGCAGAAGAGAGGACAAUAAGGGAUAUUACAUAAAUUUAAAAAGAAAGAAAGAUGAAGCGUCAAUAGAAGAAAUAGAGGAAUAAAUAAAGAAAAAUAAAUUAAUAGAGAUGGCAGAAGACCAUAAAUUAUUAAAUGAACCAAUAUCAACUGGAGAAAUCAAUUAAUUCAAAAAUUACAAAUAGGGAAAUCCCCAGGCCUGGACGGCUUACCAGCAGAAUACUAUAAAGAAAUGUUAAAUGAAUUAAUCGACCUACUAAAAGAAGUAAUAGAGGAAGCGGUAGAGAAGGGGAAUAUUACAGACUCUUGGACCCAAGCAUAUAAAACGCUCCUGCCAAAACAAGGUAUGGACUUGGAAUCUGUCUCAAAUUCAGAUUAUAAAAUUUAUGCAGGAUUAUUGGCUAAUAGGUUGAGAAAAAUAAUAGGAAAAAUAGUACAUAAAAACCAGGCUGGAUUUGUGGAAGGAAGCCAAAUAAAGGAUAUUAGAAAUAUAAUAGACAUAAUGGAAUAUUUACAAGUAAGAAGAGAUAAACAAGCAGCCCUGAUUUCAAUUGAUGCAGAGAAGGCUUUCAAUAAAAUCUCAUGGGAAUUUAUGAAAAAACUAUUAAAAGAAAUGUGUCUAGGCGAAAAAUUCUAAAAAGGUAUAAAUGCAAUAUAUAUGCAAAAUAUAUAUAUAUAUAACCAACAGAAGGCAAAAAUUAUUAUUAAUGGAGUUUGGAGAAGAAAUUAAUAUUUAAAGGUACAAGACAACGAUGCCCCCUAUCCCCAAUGUUGUUUAUAAUAGUAUUAGAGGUUCUAUUAAAGAAAAUAAGACAGGACAACCAAAUAAGAGGAAUAGCAGUUGGUGAAAAAAAUCUAAGUUAAGAGCCUUUGCAGAUGAUGUUAUGAUUACAACAGAAAAUCCUCUACAAUGCACACCUAGAAUAUUGGAAUGUAUAAACAAAUAUGGCAGAUUAGCAGGAUUCAAAUUAAAUUACGGGAAAACCAAAAUAUUAGUGAAAAAUAUGGAAGAAAAAGAUAAAGUGAAAUUACAAGAAAUUACAGGAUUGGAACGUAAAAAGAAAAUAAGGUAUCUUGGAAUAAAUUUAACAACAAACACUAUGGAUUUAAGUAAUGAGAACUAUGGGAAAACAUGGAGUGAAAUAAAAAAAUAUUUGCAAGUAUGGGGGAAAUUAAAUCUUUCCUUACUAGGGAAAAUAUCGGUAACAAAGAUGAACAUACUACCAAGGAUGAUGUUUUAUUUCAAAGUAUCCCAGUACUAGGAGGAGAGAAAUGUUUUAAUAAUUGGAACAGAGAUUUGGCCAAAUUCGUGUGGUCAGUCUGUGGGAUUGAGUGUGGGUAUGUAGGAAUAUUUUUAAGGAUUGUGUGAAAUGUAUGUUUGUAUAUUCGUAACGUAUGUAUUAAUGCUGAAUUAUUUUAAUAAUAAAAAUUAAUUUAAAAAAAGAAAGAAAAUGAUGUACUAGUUGUAUUUGACUCCUACUAAGUUGGCAAAAAUGUACAGUAUAGGACAAGUACCUUCUGGAAAUGUAAAGAAAAAGAAGGUACCUUUUAUCACAUGGUGGACAUGUAAGGUAAUAAAAGCACUCUGGGAAAUGAUAUAUAAUGAAUUGGGGGAAAAAUCUUUAAAAUAACUUUUAUUAAAAAAACACCAGAAGCUUUUUUAUUCGGAAUUGUAGGUGCCAAUAUUCCAAAGGAGAAGGAAAGCCUUGGAAUGUAUGUGAGGACAGCCACGGGGAUGUUACUGGCAGAGGGAAAGAAGAGCAAGCUCCUCCCAGAGGCGGCGGGAAAGAGAGGCGCGGGAUGCGGCGGAAAUGGCAAAACUGACGGAAAGGUCAGGCAAGAAGACCCGAACUUCCAGAAGGGGUGGGGGAAAUUUAUAAUAUAUCUGGGAGAUCCCUGUAAACAGAUGGAAAUUUUAGAAGGAUUACAGUAACACUUGUAAUGUGGCAGAUUUUACACGGCGGCCGCCAGGCUCAUUCUCGCUAGUCAGUGGCAAGGGGAGACCACGCCCCCAGAGGCUCGCUCCCGACGGGGCUGGGCGGCAACUCGGAAGCCGCGCGCGCGAGGGCGCGCAUCUGGGCGGAGCCACCGGCCAAGCUCUCCGGCGCCGCGGCCUCGCCCCGCCCCCUUGUCCGCGCCCUUCCUCCCGCCGCAGCUCCAGGACCCUCCGCCAGGGGGGCGCCCGCGGAGGCCCGCGCAGCGAGAGGCGGGGAGGCGCGCCUGCGGGGCGAGCGCGGAGGGGCGGGGCCUGGCCUGCCUGGCGCGCCUUAAAGGGGCCGCUGCGGCCACGCACUUGUUGCCCAUGUCUCUGCCGGUGGUGCUGCCGGGCUCGUGCUGCCCGCUGGCCCGGCUCUCGGCGGCGCCCGAGGCGCCCAGACCCGCCGCCCCGCCGCCCGCCCGGCCGCCCUGGUCCCGCUCCGGGUGGCCUGGGCCGCGCUCGGCCGCGCUCUCCCCCGGCGGGGCCUGUCGCUGGGCGGGGAGGCCGCCGCCGCCGUCUCGGCCGGGGCUGCUGCCGGCGCGCCCUCUGCUGUCUCUGGGGCUGUUGCAGCUGAUCCUGGGCGGCUGCCUGGUGGCGCUCAGCUUCGGGGCGCUGUCCCUCAGCAGCUCCCCGCAAGUGAAGAACUCCUGCCCCUUCUGGGCCGGCUCCUCGGUAAGUGCCCCGCCCCGGGCCGGGCAAAGGCCUGCUCUUGACAGGCCCCUCCGAGGCGAGCUUCCUUUGCUGACCCCGAUUGAGCGUUCGCCCUCCGAUGGCAGGAGCGCCCGGCCCUGAGCGAGAGGCAGCUCGGGGGGUCGGGCGCCUCUAUAAGAACUCCCGAUUACUGUUGAUGUCAAAUCUGCAAGAUUCGGUUGCGCCUAUUUACCUAUGCAUGUAUUAAUAUGAUACAUUCCAUGAACCUUCCUCGUGUGGAGAACAGUUGAUUUGUUUUGUAAAUAUCACUUGAUAAAUAUCAUUUAUCAUAUGACAUUUGAUCCCAUGCACAAGGCACAAUAAUAAUUCUUAUUGGUUUCCAUGGAAUUUGUUUUUCUAUGUGCUGCAUCUCCCUGCCUCUGAGGGUUGCAAAUUAUGUUAACUUUCAGAACUGAAGAUACAGUACUCCCAUAUGUAAUGUAUCUUCAGUGCUCAAGGAAAAUAAUGGGAACCUCAUUAUUACCUCCAAAGUUUUCCGGGUUAUGCAUCUCUGUUUAUUUAAAUAAUAACUUAAAUAUUAUUUUAAAAAUAUAACCAUUUUUAUACCUGCUGAUUAUGAAGUGCCUGGUUAUGUGCUGGCUAUGCACAUGCACACUCCGGCCCACAGGCGUCUGCGGGACCGUGAAUUGGCCCAAGCCACAAAAACUUUGCCAACCCCUGGGGUAGAGCAUGUGCUCAGCAUGCAGAGAGUCCCAGGUUUAAAACGCAGCAUCUCCUUGUGGGGAUGAAAAACCCUGCCUGAUACCCCGGAGAAGCACUUCCAGACAGUGUGGACAAUACGCACCAAUGGUCUGACCCACUGCAAGGCAUUUUAAGUUUUGGGCAUCUUGUAUUAUCUGAACACAAGAGCAACUGUUCUUCAUGCUAUUAAAAAACACCAAAGGCACGCAAUUAAUAAGAUAAAAUUGGGGCACCUAGCCCCUUUUUUUUGUAACCAGAGAGCUAAAACUUUGCAGAGCAUCAUUUCAGGCUCUAGUCAUAAAUUUGGGUUAAUGCAAGGCAUUUUUAGAUAUAUUUUUAUUUUUGUGGAGUGCUACUAAACACAAGUGCCUGUUCUUGCAGAGAUAGCAGAGUUGGGGAAGGUGGGGGGAGUGUGGAGUCAGUAUCCUAUCAAAGACCUUCAAAGCAGGUGAUUGAUGCUAUGUGAAUGCAGCAGUCUAUAGCUGCUUAUAUGCAGGUGGGUCAGGGCCCAUGUGGAUAGUUGCUCAUUGAUAAGGGUUAGUCUCAGGAGGUGAGGCUUUGGCUUGGAACAGAGGGGAAAGUUCUACUUUCUUGUCCACCUCUAGACCAGAAGAGGUAGAAAAUGAAAGUUUUUUGGAAAAUUUUGAUAUUAUGUCUCAUCCUACAGCUCAGGACCAGGGUAGUCUCUUAUACACCCAGGAGAUGACUGCGGUCUGUAGGAAAGUUUCACUUGCAGAUUCCAAGGUUCUGAGGAGCAGGGCUGUUAUUAUCAUCAUUAUUAUCAUUAUCAUGAUUAGCGUGGCUGCCCCUGUUCUAUGGAACAACAUUCCUGUUGAGAUAUGUCAGACACUCAGUUUCUGGUAACAAGUGAGGAAGGUCACAACCAAAGAAGAUAUCUUAUGCACAUAACCUUGGUCAAAUGAGAAACAUGUACAAAUGGGUGCUGUGUAUUUAGUGUGGUGUGUCACCUCAUGCAGCAGUUGGUUUUAAGAACAGGCCAUGUGGUCAAAUAUGUUGAUGAAGGAAGAGCAGAAGGAUAAGCAGGGACCUGGGCUGCCCUUGCCCAGAUGAUGGACAUCAUUGCUGAUGUUAUGGCUCCAGGCCUGCAAUUGUCCCAUCUGUAUAGUUAUUUUAUUCUGUUCUGAUGUUAAACCACCAGUUGUGGGGGUCUGUGAUUUGAAUACUGAUGCUUUGUUCCAUAUUAGAUGUUCGUUUUGUAGCUGAUGGCUUUUAGUAUCUUUUUUGAUAACCAAGAAGAAAAAAGUGAAAAUUUAAAAGUUCUCAAAUUUAUGCAAGUUUAUGAUUCAUAUAUGAAAGUAGAGAUCUCAAGUUCUGCUUAUAUCAGCUAGAAAGCAAGCAUUAGUUUGUCACCACUUCCUUGUCUCAUUGGUUUUAAAAAUUGAUUUCAAGAGAAUGUAAGUGCAACUAACUUAAUUUUAAUAUGGAUAACAAAAUUGAUUUGAAAAUCAGUACAGCACAGAUGGCAGAAUUUAUCAUUGAACCACACUCCUCUUUUCCCCUUUUCUUUCUAUUGUAACACUAAUGUCUCAACAAAUGAAACUGAUCUGUAGAAAAUGUAACUUGAAAAAAGAGACAUUGGACAUACUUUUGUAAACCAAGAAAUAUUUAAUAAAAGAUUUGUUUUUAUUAAAAAAACCUACACUGAUAGAGAAGUUUUCUCUUUGUGAGCAUGAGACUUAUAGAAAAUUGUGCAAAAUCAAUAACAAACAAAAAUGACUAAUAAUGUAAAGUGUAAAAAGCAUAAAGAACAUAAAGGCCUGUUAAAGAUAAAAUUCUCUAAAAGUUUGCCAGUCCACUACCUGUUUUUGCUUCCUGGCUAAAAACAUUCCGUGAUAGAAUUAGAGGAACAUCCUUUUAAGUUUAAUUUUAAAUUUAAAUUUUAAAUGUGUGUUUUAAUCUCUGCUUGGAAAUGGAUCUUUUUUUUUUUUUUUUAACAUGUAUAUGCUUACUCAACUGAAGAGCAAAAGAAAUAGUGGAACAAAUUUUGGUUCUAUUAGCAAAGCAGGAAAAUUGGCAUCCUACGUUCAGCACUGAAACUGCUUUUCUGUAUUUUACUAGUACAGUCAUACCUCGGGUUGAAUGCGCUUUGGGAUGAGCGCAUUCGAGUUGCGCUCCGCGGCAACUCGGAAGUAAUGGAGCAUGUUACUUCCGGGUUUCACCGCUUGAGCAUGCGCAGACACUCAAAAUGACGUGCGCAGAAGCGCCGAAACGCCGAAAUGUGACCCGUGCAGAUGUGCGGACACGGGUUACGUUUGCUUCUAGAUGUGAACAGGGCUCCGGAACGGAUCCCGUUCGCAUCUAGAGGUACCACUGUAGAGCUUAAAAUGUGUGGAAUACCCUUGAAAUUAAAGGGAACAGUGGGAGUCCUCUACUGUCCCCAUUCCUCUUCAAUAGACAAUCCAGGUGUGAAGAGUUGUGUGUUUGGGAGGGUGCACACGUGUGUUACAGGCAGCACACUGAAUUGAUCAUAUAUGUAUUCCUAUUGUGACCCAGUCAGUGGGUCCUGAGCUCCUACCUUUUUAAUCAGAAUUUUGUCAGUGCUCUUUUAGUGCUUCACAGUUAGAGCUAUUCAACAUGCAUGGGUGAUGAACUCUCAUUUCUUAAUAACUAUUUGUUUUUUAUUGUUCCAGGUAAUUUUAUCGGGAAUUAUAGGAUUAACCACAUGGAAGAGACCAAUGAUACUUCUGGUAUGUGUUGGUUAAUAUGUUCUGGUUUGGUUAUAGCACAAUAAUUUAUUGUCCAACUAAUGCUGUUCUAUAGAAUUUGUGUGGGUGAAAUAUUGAAUCCACUUACUUGUGAGUAGUGUCAAGAAGAUUAUUUGCAAUAAGAACAAAACCCUCUUGAAUUAAUUAGAAAAGAAAGAUCUCUACACAGUAGAUCAAUGCUUUCUGCACUAAGAAAGGCAAACUGACAGAAAACCCUAUCUGUACCCAAUGUUAUACAUUAUAUUAGUCUGGUAAUUUUUAGAUAAGCAUGAGAUAUACUUGAAAAAAAAAUUACCGUAUUUUUCGCUCUAUAGGACGCACUUUUUCCCCUCCAAAAAUGAAGGGGAAAUGUGUGUGCGUCCUAUGGAGCGAAUGCAGGCUCCCUGACUUCAGCGAUAGCAACGCAAAGCCUCCGAAGCCUGUGCUCCAGAGGCUUCGCGUUGCUUCCGCUGAAGCCAGGAGAGUCUGCUCUUUGAGGCUGGCGGUGGGGGAAAGCAGCACUUCUCCCCACCACCAGCCCCACAGGUUCAGGGGGGCAGCGGGAAGGUGCAUGACGCCUUAGCGCUGCUCCCCGACCCCGCUUUGAGGCUGGCGGUGGGGGAAAGCAGCGCUUCCCCCCCACUGCCAGCCCCACAUGCUCGGUUGAAAAGCCCGCAGGAGCCACGCGCUCUUUAAAGGGUACGCGGCUCCUGUGGGUUUUUGCGGGAGAUGUGGGAAUUCCCCCACCUCCCGCAAAAGCGUGCAAAAGCCGCGCCCACAGGAGGGAGAAGGGACUAACUCGGCCAGUCAGUCCCUUCUCCCUCCUUGGGGAAAAGCCCCCAAGAGCGGCGCGCUCUUUAAAGGGUGCGCGGCUUUUGCGGGCUUUUCUACGAGGUGGGGGAAUUCCCCCACCUCCCGCAAUAGCAGGGAGAAGGUCUGGGAGAAGUGCACAGGCUGCGUACAGACUGCCCGCUGCUCUUAGAGCUGGGGGGGGGGAAUCAUAUUUCCCCCCUUGAUUUCCUCAUCUGAAAACUAGGUGCGCCCUAUGGUCAGGUGCGCCCUAUAGCCCGAAAAAUACAGUAUCUAUUUUUCAGGGUUUAAGCCCUGCAAGAAGUUUGUGUUUCAUUUAAUAUUGACUAGUAUGUUUUCUUAUUAUAUCAUUCUUUUUCUACUGUAUAAUGCCAUAGUUUUCUGUGUUUUCCGUAUAUAAGAUGUCCCCAUGUAUAAGAUGACCCCUAUUUUUUUGAACCCAAAAUUAAGAAAUCAAUAUUUUUAAACAUCAAACAGAACAACUUUGAUUUUUUAUUAAAUAUUCAAAGCACCGCACCGGAGAUCGCCCAGUGCACAUUUAAAUGCCAACUAAAUGGAAUUCCCCCCCCCAUCAUUAAUUGGUACCUAUCUGGAUCAGAGGGCAGGCAUAGCUGGGACUAAUGUCUUUAUUUCCUCCAUCCAGAGAUCUUUGUGAUAAUAAAGGAGGCAUAAUCUGUUUAAUAGACUGUGUAAUUUUUCCUAUUGAGAGUAUCAGCAAAAUAAAUGUGGGUUAUGUCAAGAAUAUAUUCUAUACUAUAUUUGGUAGUAGAGGAGAAAGUAAAGUGUAAUUUGAAUCUGUCAAAUUUGCCUGUGCCUUUGCUGGAAUAUGCUGUUUUCAGUUCAGUGUUUGUACUAUAAAGCGGCUUCAUCAGCUUUCUUUCCCAUAUUGCAAUGUGAUCAUUAGAUACUUCUUCAGAUUUCAUAAUAUUGAAUCCAGUAAAAAAUAAUGUAACAGAUUGAAAUAUCAAAUUCUGCAAGCAGUAUUUAGAAGUUUCUAUACCAGCCUGUCAAGUUUAUGAUUGCUCAUAAGUGAUAGAAUAUAACUGAAUAUGUAGGAAUAUGUUUCAAAUGGCAAAUCUUUUGGUGGACAAUGAAUUUAGCCCAGUAUUUUAAAACCUAAGGCAUAGAUGGCAAAGGUAACAUGCAGGACAGUGUGUUUUGAUAGUGUUUACGUAGAAUGCCAAGCAGCUUAAAAUUCUUGUAUUUUUUGUUUUGUUUUAGGUUAACCUGUUUGUUUUGCUUUCUGUCAUUUGUGUUCUCUUGAACCUGGCUGGAUUCAUCCUGGGAUGCCAAGGUGCUCAAUUUGUAUCCAGUCUCCCUAGAUGUGAUCUGGUGAGGAGACAAUUUACCUGAUUGUGUCUGAAGCAUGACUGUAGAUGACUGUGCUUGUCAUAUAAAGCUUUACCGUGCCAGGAGACUUAGAAGUGCAAGCAUUGUAUAUACAAACUAUAAAGCAAACUAUACCUCCCUCCAAUACUAACUAAGGCUGCAGUCCUAAGUUUGUUUUCUCAGAAGUAAGAAGUCAAUUUAGUUAACAGGGCUUACUGCCAGGUAAGUGGAGUUCGGAUUGCAGUCUAAUUAUAUUCUAUUAUGUUUUGCUCUCUCAACAAAAAAGUGGCUUAGAAAAGGAAUAACAGUAACCAUAUUAUCAAAUAAUAAACGGAUUAGUUCGUGGAUCUAUAGAUUAUCUGUGUUCAGAUACCAAGUCUGUACUCCUAUUUCCAUAAGCCUUUGGCUUACUUGCUUAGUCCUUAUCUCCCUGAGCAUAAAAAUACUGUACGCAUUAUACAAAACAUGGAGAAUACUAAAAAGAACAUACCCAUGUGGUGUUCAGCCCCUAAAUUAUUUGGAUCACAGUAGAUGUCCAUUACAUUGGUAAUGAGGAUGUUGAUACAAAGCUUUCUCAAAGAGGAGAAGGGAUGAUCUGAAGGAACCACAUUUGGUGUCCAUUUGGGGCCAAAUAAUCCUAAUUUAUAGUCUAAUGGAAGAAUGCCUCAGCAUGCUUUAUAUUUUGCUAAAGCUGGCAAAGAACACUGGCAAGCUAUGAUUUGAGCAGUUGCUUUGAACAAGGAUUGGCUUUCAGUUCUGGUUUGAAUAUAAUGGCAGUUUAGGAUUAUAUCAGACCAGGAAGCACUAAGUCCUUCAUGAGAGGAGAAGAAGGGGGAGCUCUUCUAUUGUUUAUUUGGACUUAAGAGUUAUAGGAGGGUGGUGCUUCUUAACCACAUGCCCAGCUCAGGGGCUGAUGGCAUACCCUCCGACAUUCUCUGAUGAAAAUAGGGACAUCCUAAGGGAAAGUGGGACAUUCUGGGACCACAUCAGAAACUGGGAUGGCUUCUGUAAAUCUGGGAAUGUCCCUGAAAAAUAGGGACACUUGGAGGGUCUGUGAUGGACCCCAGCACCUUUGGUCGGUGAGAGCAGUGGGGAUACCCUGGAUGUGGUUCACAUCCUAAGUGGACUCCUUAACAUUAGUCUACCCCAUCUGACUCUGUGCCUACAGCAAACCUGCGUUCAUCUGUAAACAAUAAAGUUGUGGCCAAAUUUGAACCCAGUGUAUGUUUUCUGUUUUAUUUGCUGUUCAUACACCCUUCUAUACGGGACGCAGGUGGCGCUGUCGGUCCCAGCUCCUGCCAACCUAGCAGUUCGUAAGCACGUCAAAGUGCAAAUAGAUAAAUAGGUACUGCUCCAGCGGGAAGGUAUACGGUGUUUCCGUGCGCUGCUCUGGUUCGCCAGAAGCGGCUUAGUCAUGCUGGCCACAUGACCCGGAAGCUGUACGCGGGCUCCCUCGGCCAGUAAAGCGAGAUGAGCGCUGCAACCCCAGAGUCGGCCACGACUGGACCUAAUGGUCAGGGGUCCUUUUACACCCUACAGACCUUACACCCUUCUAUGGCCUCAGUGCAACUGGGCCCACAAUUUUUCCUCAAGCAAUACAUUUAUUAGAGUCGGAAAUUGCUUUAUGGAUUUUAAUUCUUCUGUACUUCGCUUUUGCAUUCAGUGCAGUAUUUUUCAAUUUACUGAUUCAAAUUUCUCUUUACUUUUCACAAUAUUGAAGGCUGAUGUGGGUGAAAGUAAGUUUUGUUUCUGUUGUGAAGAAUUUCUGCCAGAAAAAUGCACAGAGAAAGAUAAUGCGCUGAAGCUGUAUCCUGUCCAACCAUGUGGUGCAGUUCACCUUCUACUCAAGGUAAGUUGCCAUGUGACAUGGACUGCAUUGGCAAAGAAUAAACUGCAAGAAAAAUGCACUUUGGCAUCAUGUUGUAAUUUCAUAAAGAACCCAUUGCUCAGAAUGAAAGAGGAGGUUAACUUAUAAAUUCUUGGCCUAUAGAAUGAGAUAGCCCUUGAAAGUCGUAAGACACCUUACUUCUAGGGUAUAGACGCAAUCUACAAAGCAGUGGUUGCCGUUAUGAUAUAAGCAGCUUGUCCGUAGUAGUUAUGGAUUUUGGAAUAGUUAUGGAUCUUUUUUAACACAGAGUGAUCCCAUUAUCCUAGUACGGGCAUCCCCCCCCCCCAUUUAUGCAUGUUCAAUUCCUGUGCAGCUGUGCAUAUGUGUGGUCCCAGAAUCCUGGAAGUUGGGGCAGAGACGCAAAGAGCUCCUCAGCAAAGACCCGCUCUGUGGCUCGCAAGGAGACGCUCCCUGGAGCCUGGAGUGGAUAUCCUCUUGGAGCUCUGGGAGGGUCUCUGGGCAAGCCAGAGGCGUGCUGAGGCUGCUCAACUUGACACAAGGAAAAGUUUUCCUGUGCGUCAGGUGAGCGGCCUCAGCGAGCUUCUGGCUUCCUUAAAUUUCCUGAAAAGAAAUGCAGGCGACUUCCAAUUUUACACAAUUUCAGUGAGGUGUGCAACAGCUUGGAACAUAACCCCCGUGUAAAUGGAGAGACACCUGUGUUUCAGGGAGUGGAAUGUAGCAAAACCUGAUGCAAUUAAAAUGUUUCCAUUUUGUUUCGGUGUGCUUUAUAGAAAAAGUCCACAUUUUAAAAUGAUGCCUAUUGUCAUCUGUUCUGUUGGCUCACCUUUGCAUACCUUUCUUAUUUUUGUAGUCUUUUUUUCCUUUUUGUCGCACUACAGAAAGUUCUUUUUGCUCUCUGUGCUCUGAAUGCCUUGACCACUACUGUAUGCCUAGUAGCUGCUGCCCUACGUUAUCUGCAGAUAUUUGCCACAAGAAGAUCCUGCAUAGUAAGUGAGUGCAGGGCACAGUUUUGUUUUCUAAAAGUGCAGAAGGAAGUCAGUCUUCCAUGAAUUCUGCUUGUGGUUUCAGUGCAGAAGUCUUUACAAAACAAACAUUUAUCUUGUCAGGAAGAGCCCCAUGUUUAUGUGGAAGAAGCUGAAGAACAAGGCCACGCUUCUGAUCCAGAAGAUUUUGUGCCACCAGUACCACCUCCCUCAUAUUUUGCUACAUUUUACUCUUGUACGCCUAGGAUCAAUCGCAGGUAAAAUGCUGAAACUCAACUUUCCCUGGAUAUUCUGGUUCACCAAUAACUGAUUUAAGCAACAGCCUUAUUGCCACUUUCAUUGAAAUCAUGAUUUACAUGUAACUUCUCGCACAAGUGGUACCUGCAGUAAUUUUUGACUGACUUCAGAUUAUAAUUUUGUGGUUUUCAUGUAAAAACUUCUUGACACUUGUUUCUGGAUAAAAGAUAUAUAGUGAUUUGUUGAAAUUUGAUAUUAUAAAGCUGCUGCCUUGAGCCACCAUAAAAACUGAUUGCUAGACUCCCAACUGCUUCAGCACAGAAACUCUCUGAAAUAGCUUAGAGAAGGGUGAAUUGAUUUUAAAUUUUAAAAAUUCCAUUUAUACCGUAGAUAUUUCUAAAUAAGGUGCAUAUGAAUUGAUUUUUCUAAGCAUUAAAGCCUAUUGAUCAGGCUGGUGCUGCCCUUUGGCAGAGUGAGGCAGCUGCCUCAGGCAGGAGAAGCUAGGCGGAGCUUGGCGCGCUGCCUGCCUUGCACCUCUUCAGCUAGCUUGCUGUCCUCAGGUGUGGUGAAGGAUGCUAUUUCAUUGCCCGUGUUGAAAUAAGAGUCAGCAGCCAGGUUGGUUUCUGUAUGUGGAAUAAAAAUGCUGGUCUAAACUAUUUGCCUCCAACCUAUUUCAAAAUAAAAAAGGAAUAUAAAGCUUUAUUGGCUGUGGAAAAAAGGCAGUUUGAACACAACUCUUGGUCUCUGGUAUUGAAUGCUUCGCUAAAUAAUGAAGUUAAACUUUUUUGCCAACUGGUUUCUGGUAUGCUCAGAAGUAACUCCCCAGCCCCUAACUGCGCUAUUCCAGCCCAUGUACGGGAGAACCAUUAUAAAACAAUAUUUACUGACAAUAUGAAUUUCCCUCCCACCAUAUGUGACGAUUAUUUUGCAGAGUUGACAAAGCUCUCACUUUGGAGGCCAGUUACAGCAAAAGAAAUCUGUGUGUUAAAGGACAAUCUAAUGUGCCCUCAAAUUAUAGGCCAGUUAGUCUCCUUUCUAUAAUGGGAAAGCUUUAUGCUUGUUUCCUCUCUGACAACUUUUUAAAAUUAUAAUAUAUAAUGUCUGAGGCCCAGGCUCCCUUUCAUGAUAACCUUUCAACAUCAGAUCACUGCCUCGUGAUGUUCCACUUAGCAGAGAAAUACACAAGACCUCUGCAGUGAAAACUAUCUGUUGCCUUUAUGGAUUUGAAAUCUGCUUUCGACUCUGUUUCCAGAUUGAAACUAUGGACCAAAUUACAUCUGUUACUGCAGGAUAAAUGACUCUUCUUUUCUUUUUUUUAAAUGAUAUUUAUUGGGAAAAAAAUUUUUUUUUUAAAGUUACAAAAGAAAAACAAAGUAGAAAAAGAGAUACAAAUUCAAAAUAAGAAACAAAAAAAAAAAAACAGAAAUACACCACACACAUUUAAAAACAUUUAAAAACAAAUCCAUUAUUCUCAACUCCUCAACUGUCAUUAUCCUCUUUCCUUGACCUCCUCCUCCUCCCCUUCCUUGUAUCCUAUUUGUUAAUUGUCACAGCAAAUCCUUUCCAUAUUUCAUAAUAUUCUGUCAUUACAUUACCUUAAACUAUUUUAAUCUUAUCUUACUGUAAAAAAACCUUGAGACUUAAAACUUAAAUCUUAUUUUUACCAACUUCUCAUAACCAUAAUAUUUUUGCAUAAUUUUUUAAACAUUUUUACUAAAGCCAAGUAAUUUCAUUCCAACAUUUUUCUAACAUUCAUCAAUUUUAUAAAACAGUCCUAGUAGUGAAAAAGAGAAAUAAAAACAAAUCCAAUCUUCAUCCAGUGUCCCUUCCUCCUGGUCCCGGGUUUUGUCAGUCCUUAUUAUCCCAUCGAUCUGGCGCAUUAACCUGGUAAUCUUAUAUCCGAGGCCCUUAAGUCCCUUCCAUGUCCCUUCCGCGGCUCUUCUUCAUAUUUAUAGCUGUAUUUUCCUUUGUCUCCUGCUCCUUUCACUCGUGGGAACUCCAACUUAGCAAUAUUUUUGACCCUUCUCGACAGAUCAGCCCCUUUUCCAUAAUCGACACUAAAUUCCAUGUGGUAUUUAAAAACAUGUUUCAGAAUCCCUCCAAAAUUAAGAGCCCCCACAAUCCCAAACAUCUCACGGCCCAUUGCCAGACUUGAAAAGUCCAAACAUCCCUGCAUAGGAGGGUCUAUCCAACCCCCCAUUUCCAAACCAAACCAAACUUUUUCUUUCCAAGUCUGGCUUUUCCAAGUUCAUUUGUCAAAUCCGAAAGCUCAUAUUCCUGUAGGGCCUGUUUUGUCAGGACACACUCCUGAUUUAAUUCCUGGGUGGGCUCCACAUAUUUUCCCACUGCCUGUUCAAAAUUUCCCACUGCCUGUUCAAAAUUUCUAAUCGAAUCAGCCAUCAAAUUCAUCUUCUCACGUAACUGUUCCAGUAGGGCAUUUGUUUUAUAGAAAGCACACAACAGAGCUUCUGAAUACAUUGUCCUGCAAGGUCAGAUGUCUGUUCCCACGAUUGUAAUCUGUAACAGCUGCCAGCUCCCAGGAGUUGGUUACAGUUUCACAGUCUCCCUCUAGGGGGAAAACUUCUGUUUAAUCUUUCUUUUAAAAACAAGUCUAGCAACAGAGUUUCCUUUUUUCAGAUAUUUUGUCAAUAUUUGUUCCUUUAAGGUGCAAAAGGAAACAAUGGAAUCACUAUGUUCCUCUUCUUUUAGCUAUCUGUCAAAAGCCCUUAUUUCUGGUCAAUGAGCUUCAAACGUCAGUCCUGACACCCCGCUCCAGGAUCAGGACGGUGGAAAGUUACUUUACUUUAAACUCACUUCUGCAGGUUUAAACAGUCCAGAAAAGAUCCCCCUUCUACUCCUGCUGCUGAAGGGGGGUUCAACAAUUUUAAAGCCAAUCCUUUAGAGGCGAUUUUCUGAGCUCUAGUUUACAUUGUCUUUGCUUUAUUCUGUCUACAAAGAAACGGAAGGCUGACUUCCUGUUUAGACCUUCCCGUUUCAGUACCAAAUUGAAGUAAAAUUUUAAAGUCCAAUUGCUUUCUGCUCGCAAGUCCUUAUUUAAAGUCCAAUUGUUCAAAGUUUAAGUACUCACGGGUGCUUAUUUUAGAAGCCAAUUUGUCCCAGGAAAAAGGCAGCGCUCUCCGACAACAGCUAUGCGGCUUCGCUCCACGGAAGAAGCAGUUGACUCUCAGCACCGCGCCACUUCCCCCUCUUCGCUUCGGAGCCCAUUAGUGGGUUCCUUUGCGGGUUGGGGGGGCGCUAAGGGUGCCCGCCGAGUCCCAUGGUCACAGGCUUCAUCCGCCUGUGAUUUUUAAAAGGGUCCCCGCUUCGCCGUAGCGGAAAAGACCCGUUUCGCGGGGAGCUAGUCCCUCCAAUUCAGAGGGAGUCCGCCAUUGCCGAUGGCGCCACCCCAGAAGUCCGGAUAAAUGACUCUUCCUAUUAAAGCUCUGUACAGUGAAAUCAAAUUGCAGGUUAGAUGUGGAUUGCAGGGCCAACUUUUGGACUGGAUUGAGUUGGCUAGGGGAGUGAGACAGGGCUGUAUUUUGGCCCCUGCAUUGUUUAGCCUUGUACUAAAUGAUUUAGAGCAAAGUCUAAUGGACCCAGAUGGUCAUCUCCCAAAAAUAGGAACCAGAAAGACCCCUCUUUUGCUAAAUGCAGGCGAUGCAUCCAUCCUCUCUCGUUUCAGACCUGGCUUGAAAUACCAACUAAGAAAGUUCUCAGAUUACUGUUCUGUAAACAGGUUAUCCAUCAACUCUGAGAAUUCCAAAAUUUUGGUCCUCGAGAAAAGAUAUGCCCCUUGUAAAUGGGUACUAGAUAGCCAUAACCUAGAGCAGACUAAAUGCUUCCGGUACCUAGGGCUGUUGUUUCACCACACAAAGUCCUGGAAUUGCCACUGGCAGACUAUCUGUCAGAAGGUGGAGAUGAGAAAAUUUGCUAUACUCUGUUUCUUUUUCACAAAGGGAGGUCACUAUGUUCCAUCAGCGAUAAGGCUGUGCAAUUGGUGCUGUGCAAUGCCAGGUCCAUAGGCAACAAAACCGCCACCGUGCGUGACUUUUUGUCUCGCAGGGGAUUGACCUGGCUUGCAUGACGGAGACCUGGGUACGGGAAGACAAAGUAGUCUUCCCUACAUGAGAUAACACCCACAGGUUUCUCUGUCCUCCAUCAAUCGCGGACUGUGGGUCGGGGGGGGGAGUAGUGUUUGUUAAUUCAGAGCUCUUCCAUCACCGGCGAUCUCCGGCAUUGAAUGUGUUAGUCUCGUGUGGGGCACCAAGGAGAGCUUGGCUGUCUGGCUGGUGUACCGACCACCCAGCACACCGGCAGCCACCCUGUCAGACCUGCUGGAGGUGGUGGCGGGCUGGGCCUUGGAGUUCCCAAACCUACUGGUUUUGGGAGACUUCAACAUCCAUGCCGAUGCCGCUCCCUCCUCACAGGCUCUGGACCUAGUGACUUCCAUGGCAACACUAGGGCUCUCCUAGUUUGUUUUGGGCCCCACUCAUCAAGCAGGCCACACGCUGGAUCUGAUCUUUGGGGCUGGCAUAGAUGUGAUCAUGCUUCCCCCUGUGGAAGUGCCAUGGUCUGAUCACUACGCUUUGAAAGCCAAGAUUGACUUCCCGCUCCUCCCCUGCUCGGGUGGCAAACCUAUUUGGGCUCGUCCGCGAAAACAGAUGGAUCCUGAUAGAUUCCGACAAGCCUUGCGGGACCCUGCUCCUCCUGGUGACUCAUUAGAUGACCUUGUUGAGGACUGGAAUAACCGGCUCUUGGCAGCCAUUGAUGAGAUCGCGGCUAAGCGCCCUCUGCGACCCCCGUCGAAACCGGGCCCCUUGGUUUACUGAGGAGCUCCGAAAAAUGAAGCAGGAUCUCAGACGGCUAGAGCGAGUAUGGCGACGGACUCGUGACGGAGCUUCAAGAACAUCCUAUAGGACGCUUAUGAAAGCCUAUGAGAUGGCUAUGAAAGCUGCUAAGAAAUCUUACUUUGCAGCUGCCAUUGCAUCCACUAGCUCUCGCCCGGCACAACUUUUUAGAAUAAUUAGGUCAAUAACGUCCUUAGGAGGACAACCAAAUUUAAGCACAAAUUCGACCCACAGCUGUGAAGCAUUCGCGAGCUUUUUUGCGGAGGAAGUCCUGUUGCUCCGCCGUGACCUCCCUGCCAAUUUAGAUAUAGUGACUGAACUGGAGGCCCCUCGACUUUUGGACGAUUUCAAUUGGAUACUCCCUUCUGAUGUGGAUAGAUUCCUCCAAGUUGGUAGGCCCACACCUGCCUCCUUGAUCCGUGCCCGUCUUGGCUGAUUAGGGAGUGUCCAGAUGUCGUGCCGACCCCCCUGGUUGAAAUUAUCAAUUUGUCCCUUAGCACGGGGACAUUCCCAGGGGAACUGAAGGAAGCAGUGGUGUGUCCACUCUUAAAGAAAACUUCACUAGAUCCCUUAGACCUAUCCAAUUACCACCAAGUUUCAAAUAUUCCAUAUCUGGGUAAGGUAAUUGAGAGAGCGGUUGCUGAGCAGCUUGGUAGGUUUCUGGAGGAAACAACGGCUUUAGAUCCAUUUCAGUCUGGUUUCCGUCCUGGUUUUGGGACCGAGACGGCUCUGGUUGCCCUAACAGAUGAUCUCCGUAGACAACUGGAUCGAGGCAGGUCAGGACUGCUGAUUCUUUUAGAUUUGUCAGCAGCCUUUGACAUGGUCGAGCAUGAUCUUCUGGACCACCGCCUCGCAGACGUGGGGAUACAGGGCAUAGCCCGUAACUGGCUGUGCUCUUUUAUCUCUGGUCGGGCACUGAGGGUGGCACUAGGGAGGGAAAUGUCGUCACGCCAUUCCUUGGUGUGUGGAGUGCCGCAGGGCGCAAUUCUCUCCCUGAUGCUUUUUAACAUUGUUAUGCACCCCCUUGCCCAGAUUAUCCGGAGCUUUGGGCUGGGCUGUCACCAAUAUGCUGAUGACACUCAGCUCUAUCUGCUGAUGGAUGGCCACACCGACUCGGCCCCGAACACACUGACCAGAUGCUUGGAAGCUGUGGCGGGAUGGUUUUGUGGGAGCCGAUUGAAACUAAAUCCUUCGAAGACAGAGGUCCUAUGGCUGGGUCGGGAUGGCAUGGGGAUGAGGGACCAACUCCUUCUCUUGCGGGGGCCCAAUUAGUGCCAUUGCCUUCCAUUAAGAGUUUGGGUGUAAUCCUUGACACCUCCCUUUCCAUGGAGGCGCAGGUUACAGCAACAGCCAAGGCAACAUUUUUCCACCUUCGCCACAUCAAGCAAUUGGUCCCUUACCUUUCCUGCCCCGACCUGGCCACAGUGAUCCAUGCGAAGGUCAUCUCCAGGCUUGACUACUGUAAUUCGCUCUACGCGGGGCUGCCCUUGAAGCUGUCCCAGAAACUCCAGCGGGUGCAGAAUGCUGCAGCGAGGCUCCUCACAGGGUCUCUGCCAUGGGAGCAUAUUCACCCAGUGCUUUUCAAACUGCACUGGCUCCCAGUAGAGUACAGGGUCAGAUUUAAGGUGCUGCUUUUGACCUUUAAAGCCCUUCACUGCCUAGGACCCUCAUACCUACGGGACCGCCUCUCCCGGUAUGCCCCACGGAGAGCCUCAAGGUCCAUAAAUAGCAACACCCUAGUGGUCCCGGGUCCUGGUGGAACGCUCUGCCUCAUGAGACCAGGGCCCUGCAGGAUCUGAUUUCUUUCCGCAGGGCCUGUAAGACAGAGUUGUUCCGCCUGGCCUUUGGCUUGGAGCCAAUUUGAUUCCCUCCCUCCCUUUCUUUUUUCUUUUACUUCUCCUUCAAUGAGACAUUUUAAUAUUUUAAUGUUUCAAUAUUUUAAUGUUGUAUUUUAAUUUUGUUUUAAGUUGUAAUCAUUCAACUUGUUUUCAUUAUUGCUUGUUAGCCGCCAUGAGCCCGGCCUUGGCUGGGGAGGGCAGGGUAUAAAUAAAAAAUUAUUAUUAUUAUUAUUAUUAUUAGGGUCUUUAAUGCGAAAUCUGUUUCCCAACUCCUUUAUGCUUCACACGUCUGGUACAGUGGUCUGUUUUCUAAGUGAGAUGGGUUCCAAGCUAAGUUCCCUACUUCACGCCCCAAACUGUCCCUAACUCAGUUCUACUGUUGGAAACAGGUGAAUGCCCACUCUCCACCAAAGCAUGGUGGGCUGCCUUGAAUUCUGGCUGUCUGAUAUACCCUGUCAGAAUAGGCUUUGCUUAUGCUGUCAGGGUGUUGACUCUAUGAAGCAUAUUCUACUACAGUGGUACUACCUUGGUUCCCAAACUUAAUCCGUUCCGGAAGUCCGUUCCAAAACCAAAGCGUUCCCAAACCAAGGCAUGCUUUCCCAUAGAAAGUAAUGCAAAAUGGAUUAAUCCUUUUAAAACAUUUAAAAACAACCCCUAAAACAGCAAUUUAACAUGAAUUUUACUAUCUAACAAGACCAUUGAUCCAUAAAAUGAAAGCAAUAAUCAAUGUACUGUACUAUAAAAUAAAAAAGAUAGUAUUGUAGAUGAUAAAAAUUACAAUUUUUUUUUUCUUACUUGCACUGAUGAUAGUCAUUGUUUGGAUGGGGGGCUUUUAUCCAUUUCUGCAGUCACACAAUCAAUCAAUCAGUAGCUGAACUGGGUUCUACACAGUCACAAAAACAAAUUAACCAAAAAAGGCUCAAAAACAAAAACGCAAAAUAAAUAGCAAAAACAAAAGCGCCAAACUUAUUCCGUUCCGGAAGUUUGUUUGACUUCUGAAAUGUUCGAAAACCAAGGCACAGCUUCUGAUUGGUGCAGGUGCCCUGGAAACAAUAGCCAACAGCUGCAUCAGACGUUCAGCUUCCGAGAAACGUUCAAAAACCGGAACACUUACUUCCAGGUUUUCAGCAUUUGAGAACUAAGCUGUUUUGAGUGCCAAGGCGUUUGAGAACCAAGGUGAGCAGUUCAAACAAGCCAGGGAUCAGUUAAUUAAACCUCUGUUAACUGGAAAAUCUGAAACCUUCCACCUAUCCUUGGAGAUAUGUCAAAUGAUACUGUUCUGGCUGGGGCUAAGUUCCUCUCAGAAGUAUUAAGAAACAGAAACCUACAUGCUCGGAUGAAGCAUAGUGAUCGCCUUGGAACCCUUUCCCUGUAUUUCUGUUUUAUUUUGCUUUUGAAAAUGUUUUUGGGGUUCUUUGGACUGAAAUAAAGUAUGUGUGUGAAUGUAGAAUGAGAGGUGGUGCUAUUUUGUGCAGCAAAAUGUCUUAGACUUCCCUGAUGUCCAUUAGUAUCCGUAUAGAACGUAAAGAAGUAACUUUCUCCUGGUGUAAACUAUAUACACUUUCUUAUAUAUGUAAUAGGGACGCAGGUGGUGCUGUGGGUUAAACCACAGAGCCUAGGACUUGCCAAUCAGAAGGUUGGCGGUUUGAAUCCCCGUGACGGGGUGAGCUCCCGUUGCUCAGUCCCUGCUCUUGUCGACCUAGCAGUUUGAAAGCACGUCAAAGUACAAGUAGGUAAAUAGGUACCGCUCUGGCGGGAAGGUAAACGACGUUUCCAUGCGCUGCUCUGGUUCACAUGAUCUCGAAGCUGUACGCCGGCUCCCUUGGCCAAUAAAGCGAGAUGAGCGCUGCAACCCCAGAGUCGGUCACAACUGGACCUAAUGGUCAGGGGUCCCUUUACCUUUAUAUAUGUUAUAAUAAAAUUGGUUUUUGCAAUUUUAGAAGAUAAUUCACUUUUAGAAUUUUAGCAAAUGGUAUAUGAUGAUAUAUUCUUAAUUAUUUGUGUCAAUUAGAUAAAAAUAAUUUGUGUACUUUGUACACAUAAUUUACUUCAAAAUAUAGGCUUCUGUUCUGUUGCUCUGUUCUCUAUAUUCAUUCAAGGGACUGUAUUUGCAGAACUUUGCAGAAGAUACCGUGCUAGUUACUAGUUUAACUAUAUUUUUCCAUGGGGAGCAAAUUUUAAUGUUGUUUAGUUAUUUUAUAAUUUGGAACUGAGUAAAUAGGAAGGCAUAAAAAGUGUAAAACAGGAAUACAGUAAUUGGUUGGUGGAUUGCUCUAGUGAGAUACUAAAUGACAUCUCUUGGGACCAGUGACUAGAUACUAAUACAUAUGAUGAUUUGCCAGACCCUGGUCCCCAAUAUCAAUCCCAUAAUAAUAAAUUUAGUAAAUGAGUAAUUGUACCCUAUUUAUAAUGUCUGCUUUGAAACCUUGCUAGUUAACACCCUUCUCCUUAAAUUGUGUUUUUUUGCAAAGACUUUAAUUAUCUUGGCAUUAUGUUACUGAUGUUUGGAGGAUCUUAGCCAGGGUGGGGAAUUGGAUCAGGCCAAGAGGCCAGAUGGUUACCGCCCCCCCCCCUUGUGGGUCAAGUUUGGGUGCUGCUGCCCACUUUCACCAUUUUGGCUCAGAGGCUUCUAGAAUUGGUAUCGGAACACCUAAAGAUAGAAUUCCUCACAGAUGUAUCUAGGAUAUGUAUUUUCUCCCAUGGAACAUUCUCCUCUUUUGCGAGCUGUCGUAUCAUAGUGCAUGCUUAUUACCUAGUUCUGUAUACAAGUAUAACAUGGUGCCAUCCCUGUUUGAAUUAUAUGAGAUGUUUUCCCUUUCAUCCUGAACUGAAGGGAUCUCAGCUUUCUGUAAGGAGGCAGUUUGAAAGCUGCUCUGCAACCUUUCAGAUGUCAAAAGACCAGCAUUCUGAUUCCAGGACGGUUCCCAUGGAGCCUGUCCCUUCUGUACAGGCCUGACUUGUCCCAAAACAUUCCCAAGUGCCUAACCAAUCCAAACUCCUCCUCCCAGCACCCCUAUCUCUUUCCACACACUGAGACCUCUUAGCUUUACCUCUUCUACUGUUCCUGCACAUCACAGGAAGAUACAUUGCAUAUAUAUCUUCUUAAACUGAUUGUGGAGCCAAAUCAAUUAUCUUCUAAAGCACUGAAGGAAGGAAGCUACACACAAACACUGUACUUUAUACAUGCUGAGCAUUUCACUGCUACCUGCAAUCUUGCUGUCAUCCCAGUGAUGAAAAUACUAAUUAAGUAAUUGCUAAUUGAGAUAACACUAUUAACUGUUAAGGCUUCCAUAGGGGAAGAAGGAAGAAGGAUAACAAGUGAAUAUUUCAUUAAGAGCAAGGAUAAGUUCACAAUUUUGUGUUGAAGUAGUAUGGAUUAUAAGCUUUCUUUGAGAAGUGUAUGUUUUACGUUUUGGUGGAACACUAUUACCGUAUUUUUCGCUCUAUAGGACGCACUUUUCCCCCUCCAAAAAUGAAGGGGAAAUGUGUGUGCGUCCUAUGGAGCGAAUGCAGGCUUUCGCUGAAGCCUGGAGAGUGCUCUCCAGGCUUCAGGCAGCUAUCCGUGGCGGCAGCUGAUAGUGUCUUGCAAAUGGAAAUGGCUUGGACUAAUGGAAAGUAAAUUGAUUGUGCAGGAUAAAAUACUAAUCAAACGCUGGCCAUCCCUGCCACCUCCUGUAGUCUGCCUGAUCUAUACAGAGUCAUUACUAUGCAGAUUCCCUUCAUCAAAAUAAAAAAUAGAAAGCAAGAAGUGUGAAACAAAACUAAGUGAAGCAGAGCUCAUGGAAAGAGUGGAACUGAAGUGUUUCCCUGUCUUUUCCCUAGUCCCAGAUUGGUGCACCUCUCUUCACUCACAGUAAAAUAGUAGGAUGUUGAGACACAUUGGACUCAAGCAGGGUUUUUACCCCCUGCUGGUUCCCCUAAAAAAAAUAAUCUCAAAAAACUGGAAUGGUAAUUAUUGCUCUUUACUUAAAUCCUGUAGGUAUCAGUUUCAAAUUUUCAUAUAAAGCCAACAUACUAAGUAAAGCAUAGCAUAAUAGACUAUUUAAGUAUGGGGAGUUUAAAUAUAUAGGCACAUUAUGCACCAGAUAAAAAUAUGUCUGUUAAUUAGGAAAUUUGAAUGGCUUGGGAUUCAGAGUAUAAAAGUUUGCUGUCUAAGGGAUGAGCGAGAAAUUCAAUUCACAUUUCAUGAUCAUGGCGCUGAAUUUUCACACAGCCUGAUCUAGAAUUAGCUGUGAAGGUUUUCUAGAGCUGCAGCCUAAGCAUGAAAAAGGAACUGAAGAAUGUAAGGAAACAUUAAUAGCACAUAGCAGUGUGAGAGAGGAUCCUUCUGGGACACCACAGAGGCCUUUCCUGCCGACCUCUUACCUGGGAGUCAGCUGUGCAGCUGGCUUAAAAUAUAACAGCAUCUCCAGCUGCUUAUGCCACUUUCUGUUGCUCAUGUGAUGGAUUUCCAAGAUUAUGUGUCUAACUCCCAGCAUUUAUUUAAAUCACAUAUACUUUUAUUGGAUUUAGUAUUUAAAUUAUUUGGCUUAUGUUUUCACAGAUAACAGUCUCUGUUUGGGUUAUGUUAGAGGCCCUGUGAAGAUUCUUGAAAGAGUAUCCUACAAAUUGCUCUUCCACAAAAGAAUGAUAUCUGCUGUGGUCACUGAAUUCUGUGGGACCACUUUCCAUAGAAGAGUGGAGGGAACUUUAUAGCUGAUACAACCUUUUUCUCCUAGGAUGCUGGGUUCUGAUGUCAUCCCACUGCCACAUAUUUAUGGAGCCAGAAUUAAAGGAGUUGAGGUUUUUUGUCCGCUUGAUUCCCCACCUCCUUAUGAAGCUGUGGUUGGCCAGAAUCAUGCGCAGGUACUGUCCAUUGGAUUCCACCAACUUGAUGUGCUUUCACAGCAGGUUAUUGAAUUUUCAUUUUUCUGCUUAGGAAUAAGUAGCGAAAUACGUUCAGGUUUUAACUGGAAGUUGCUAAAUUGGGAAUGAAAGAUAUUUAGCUAGUUUGGAUUUUAUGUCUAUUGAGUAUAUACUUUUGCUUUUUUUGUAGUGUUGUUUUUUGUAGUAUCCUAGUAUUAGAUUAUAUGCAUCUUGACUAUAUACUUUUGGUUUUUGUAGUAUCCUAGUAUUGGAUCCAAACAUAGUCAUGCACUGAGUAGACCCAUUUAAACCAGUGGAACUCAGCCUCAUUGAUUUUCAGUGAAUCUACUCCAUGUAUGGUGAGAAUCAGAGUCAAGUCCCUAAACCUGAGUGUAAUACUAGAAGCUGAAAAGGCAUAAAUAGUAUCUUCAACUUCACUGGUAAUCUGAAUUUUAAAAUAUAUAUAACAUGUUUUGCUGUUCAAAGCAGGCUUUAAAAAUAAUAAUGAAGUUUUCCCUGAGGGAUAAGCUACUUUCCAUUUGCAUAACUCAUUUUGAUAAUAAUUAGUUUAAAAAACCAAGCAUAAUAUGGUUUGUCUUGCUUUUUGCCCAGCUUCUUAUACCCCACCCCCACCUAUGGCCCAAGGAUUAUAUGCUUGCUUGCUAGCUCUUUAAUAUUUAUUGGUCUUUGAAUGGGAGGAUAGGUGUUGGUUUUACCAAGAUACUGAAGAGCUCUUGAAUUGUCCUUUCUAUGAAUUCCCUAUUAAUACUUAUGUGGAUAAUGUUAAUUUUUUAUUUAGGGAAACACAUUUCAAAUUUCAGAUGCUUCAGAAGCAGUGAUUGGCUCACCAGGACAGAAUGAGGCACAAGUAUCUCCAGGUAAAGAUGUAGGCUUGAUUUUAAGUACUUGAAAAAAACGCCUUUGGAAGUGUUGUGGUGGAGUUGAUGCUGAAUGAAUAAGCAGCCAGCGGAUGCACCUCUGUAACAGAUGUUUCCUACUAUUGUUUUCAACAGUGCAGCAUCUAACAUGGGAUUUCAUUAGAACAAUUUACCACAGUUAAGAGUAUUAAAGGUGAUUCACCUGCAAAACGUGUUCCUAGAACCCCACAUCAGGAAUAAGGGGUGACUAACCAUUUUUAUCUAAAUUAUUAUGGGAGAAAGCACCCUCUGCCUUUGAGCUUCAAACAGAUUCAUAGAAGAUUCACCAGAUUGUUCAACAGUACUUUAUAAUUUUUUAAAAAAUUAUAGUGUAGCUUCAGAUAAGAGCAAACAAAAAAAAGUAUGCAGUUCUACCAAGGUUGGUCUGUGAAAAAAGUUUUAAAUAGGUUUUGAAUAAAUGCAUUAGUUUAUUUAAACUUUUUUGCAGAAAUAUUAUAUUCUAUCAGGGAAAUGUUGAAUUCAGGAACCCUGAUAGAAUAAAGUUUAUGGCUUUGUAUCACUAGAUGGAUGUGGACAAACAGAUUCAAGCUGACUUAUGGUAGAUUUCUGUUAAUAUAAUGUUUUUAGAAAUGUUGGUGGCAAAGAACGGUAUUGGUUGUCUAACUGCAGAGCAGCUGGAUGAUGCUAACUUUGUGCAUCUCUGGCAGAAAUCCUGAAACAUGGCUUUUUCAUGGGAGGAGCCAUCACAGUUCCUGUGCUAGCCAACUAGCUCUUGACCCCUGAACAAGACUUUGUCUGCCACUCACCCCAUCUUUGCAGUUCUCCUGUUGAUUUUUCCUUUGUAGGCAGCAGCUAAAGAGAUUAGCAGAUGGUUUUAGCAAUUCAAGCUGAUCUUGAAUUGAAUUGAGUUGAGCCUGUGGUUCAGCAAGCUUUUGUCAACACCCAGAUGGGCAGGGUAGAAAUAAAAUUAUCAUCAUCUAACUUAUUUUCAUUUCACUAGGAACUGGGCCAAGAUGAUCACACAUGUACCCAAAACAUUUGUUUCCAAAGCUAAUUAUAUCAUUUAUUUAUUUAUUUGAAUAUUUUAUUAGUUGAAUAUAAGAACAACAUAUAAUCAAAUACAAGCAAUCAAAUACAGUUUUCCCCUAACACCCGCCCCCAAAAAACAGCCCCAACUACGUCCAGGUAAUUACAUUAGUAAUAUAAUCAAAUAAAAAAUUAUUUAUACAGUUGCUGGUUUAAAAAAUAUCAUUCCACAUGCUUCCAUGUGUCUUAGGUGGUUUAAAUGCAUGUUCUUUCUUUGAUGCAUAUGUAAUAAAGGAGGACCAUGUUAUGUAAAAGUUAUGUAGUUUCUCACGUUUUCUUUCACAUACCCUUUCUGUUAACUUUUCUAUCAAAAUUAAUUCCCAGACAUAAGCAUACCAAACUUCAUAUAGGUUCACGUUUAAUGUCCUCCAGUGUCUAGCAACAGCAAGACGUGCUGCAGUUAUAAGAUGCACAAUUAAGUCUUUGUCUCUAAGAUUUUGUGCUUCAUCUGCAAAUAUAGAAAGCAAUGCUAUUUUGGGAUCUAAAUUGAUCGAUUAAGAUGUAAUUUGUUCCAUUUCCUGAAAUAUUUUUAACCAGAAGUUUUUAAUCAAUGGGCAUUUCCACCACAUGUGUAUAAAUGUUCCUUCAUUCCCACAAUUUCUCCAACAUUGCGAAGAAAUAUUUUUGUCUAUUUUGCUCAGCAAUGUGGAAUGCAAGUACCAUCUGUGGGUUAGCUUUAAGGUGUUUUCUCUUAUUCAGGCAGAAAUAGCUCAAAAGGGCUUUUUGCCACAUUCCUUCCCACAAUCCAUCAUCAAUCCCUUCUCCCAAGUCUCUUUCCCAUCUAGUCUUCAACAUGGAGGGCUUUGAGGUUGAAAAAUUUACAAUCACUUUAUAGAUUAAAGCAAUUAGACCAUUACCUCUAGGGUCUCUGGUAUAUAAAAUAUUUUCAAAUGUAGUUAGUGACUUCGUCCCUUGUUUGCAGAUUUCUGUGCUACUUAUAAAAUGGAUGACUUGAUGGAUUACCAUCCAAUUGUGGGAAAAGUUUUGAACCAUUUCUUGUAGUAUUAAUCCAGACAAAGGGGUGUUCUCUUUGUAAAAGUCUUUAAGCCAAAACAGGCCCACAUUUUCCCAUUUUUCAAAGGGGAAUGUUCUGUCUCUAUUAUAGAAAGUAGGGUGAAAUGCCAAUGGUAUUACAGGAGAAAGCUGAGAGGCCAUCCUUGGGAACCAUUUCUUCCACACUUUUAGAUUAGAUAAUAAAGGGGGGUUUUCUAGCUCAGUGAUUUUUUUUUAUUAAUUUGCCAAAAUGGGACCCCUCUUACUGAAUUCUGUUCAUUUGGGUUUUUCAUAUUUAGCCAAGCUAUUUGUUGAGAUCCUUGAAUUACCAGAAAAAUGCUAUGUAGAUGGGCAGUUGCAUACAUGGUAUUAGGUACUGCCACCUCCUUUGGCUGGUUUAUAUAAUGCUUUAUAUGGUAACCUUGGCCUUUUAUUCUGGUGUAUAAAUUUUAGAAGCAUGUUUUGCCAAUUUUGUAAUUUUUUGUCUUCUAUGGUUAUUGGUAAGAAUCUGAAGAGGCACCAUCAUUUUUAUAGUGGCGAUUUGGCCCAACCAUGACAGCGAACCCUUGCUCCAAGUUUUCAAUUUUUGUCUAAUCUCUCGGAUCAUUGGACCAAAAUUAAGCUUUUCCAAAUUUUGAAGGACUCAACCGACUCCAAGUCUUUAUUUGGUUUUGGUAGCACUAUGAUGUGUGUGCUUUUCCAAGUUCCAUGUAUCAGGCCAUGAUCCUUUAUAUCUGUAAAUAUUUCAGCAAGAAUGGGGCCUUAUAUCAUUUUUGUAUUACAGUUGAACCUUGGUUUUUGAGCUUCUCAGAAGCUGAACAAUUCGGAACCUGAAAGCCGAAAACCCAGAAGUAAUUGCUUCCGUUUUUGAAAGUGCCUCAGAGCUUGAACAGCUUCCACUUUGUUUCUCCACUUUUUCAAUGCAUUUUGCCAACCACCCUUUGCUCCUCAGUUUUUGAAAGUUUCAGAAGUCAAAGAGUCUUCUGGAACAGAUUACAUUUGAAAACCAAGGUUCCACUGUAUUACUGAAGGAAUGAACUUGGCCUUUUCUUUUUGUCCACAAUGUUUGCUUCUUUGUGUUUGACAGAUUUGAGAUGGUACUCCUAAUUUUUAAUUGUUGUUAUUUUGUGUUUCUGAAUUAGCUCCUUUUUCUAUGGACCCAGCUGUUCAACUUGGGUGAUGUCAGAUUCAGACAUCCCAGAUUGAGUGGGCCUUUGUGCACAGGACUGAGAUGUAGCCCUGUGUUACCUGGCAGGUCAUUCAGCCUAUAGAAGUCUCCUGUGGUCUACUCAGACCAUGUGGAGGGUCCAUCCCAAGAAACCUGCAAUGGUAGGAGGACGCUUGCUGUUGGAUGGGGGGGGUAGAGGGUGAGGCUAGGGAACCAGCUCACCAUGAUAAGAAUAUAUCUAGUAGGGCUUUGGAAGCCUUUUGUUCUGUAGAUGUGAACGUUGUCACCUAUGGUACCAGCUGCUUCAUGAAAUGACUGAAUAAUGCCCUAACAUUUCUAAGAUGUUUUGCUUAAACUUUGGUUCCUUGAGUAAUGUGAACAUAAUUUUGCCAGAUGUGACACACACACAGUAAAAAUGUUUUUGGAUGUUGUUCUAGAAUGCCCUGUUGGUGCUACCUGUGACAAGGAGUAUUUUUUCUCUUUUACAAAUAACUUAGUGUGAGUAAUACAUAGUUUUUAAAAAAUAAUAAUUGCUUGGGAGCCAAUAUUUGAUUUAGAAAUAGUCAUAGAAAUCUGUUUGAAAUAAAUAUUAAUACAUGUCCCGAGGAUCUUUUUUUCUACACACUUCAAGUGUAUUCUAACUGAUUUUCUUUUCCCUUCUGAGUUGUUACUUUGUUUUUGCAGUAGGUGGUGAUGAACGUAAUUCUAUAACUAGAGAGACCACCUUGCAUCCGGAUGCCAGUUUAGUCCCUGCAGGAACCUCCAAGACAGUCCUCAAGCCUCUCAGGAAACGAUCAAAAAGUGAUCCUGUGCUCCAUGGAUUUCCACCAAGAGGUGACUGGGGUUUUCCCCUAAGGAAAUUUACUAUAGCUUUCAGUUGUGGACCCACUCACUUUUAUUUUCAGCCAGUGGACGGGAGUGAAGACCUAGACUCUGACCCUGUUUUUGCCCAAUUGGGCAGUUCAAAUUUUGGUGUUAGCCGGUUAUCCUGCCAUCCACAGUGGCAAAGGAGGUCCCAGUUGCCAGUCAUGACAAAUAGGCUUUUUGUCCCCCUGGUGGAAGAGGGGAAGCCGUGCUAGGCCGCAACUGCUGCCCACCCAAGAGCCAGGUAAGCAGCCAUUUCAGGCUGCAAAAUAAAAGAGGUCUGCAGUGGUACCUUAGCUUACAUACGCUUCAGGUUACAUAUGCUUCAGGUUACACACUCCGCUAACCCAGAAAUAGUGCUUCAGAUUAAGAACUUUGCUUUAGGAUAAGAACAGAAAUGGUGCUCCGGCAGCGCGGCGGCAGCAGGAGGCCCCAUUAGCUAAAGUGGUGCUUCAGGUUAAGAACAGUUUCAGGUUAAGAACGGACCUCCGGAACGGAUUAAGUACUUAGCCCAAGGUACCACUGUUUUUUGUAUUUAAGACUUUUUGAUCUGUAAUUGGACUGAUGCCUUGGAGGAGCAAGUUAACUAAUGUAAAAAUUGUGUGUCUGUCUGUCUGUCUGUCUUGUUAGUGUGUAUUCCUUAGUAGUUUCUUAAUCCUAGCAACAAUUUUGUAAAAUACAUCUUCAUUUUUUUUUUAAUGAUAUUUAUUCCAAGUUUAAAGUUACAAAAAAGAGAAAGAAAAACCAUACAAAAUACAAAGAAAAAUUUAACCAUAACAAAGCGAGAAAUAAAAAGAUAAAAGUGAACAAUAAAAUAGAAUAAAAUAGAAGACUAAACAAAAAAUAUAAAAAUGCAUUAAGUUAAAAUAGAACAAAAACAGAUUAAACCUUUACAUAGCCUUUUCCCUUUACUUAUUUCCAUGACCUCCUCUCACCUCCCAAUUUUGUAUUCUAGUUCAGAUCGUAUUUCCAGCAAAUCCUUCUAACCUUAUUUUCAUUUACGUAUUUUAAUUUAAAAUAAUGUAAUUAAACCUCCUCUGUUUCGUCAAUUUCAUCAACUCAUUUUUGCUUAAUCCUUUAUAUCAUAUCUACCAAAACGACCUAAUUUUCUUUUUCCAACCUCUUUCUAACAGUCUUUUAUAUUGCAAUAUUUUUGAAGGUAUAUUUUGAAUUUUUUCCAAUCUUCUUCCAUCGACCCUUCUCCCUGGUCUCGAAUUCUGCCGGUCAUCUCAGCCAGUUCCAUGUAGUCCAUCACUUUCAUCUGCCAUUCUUCUCGGGUGGGCAAUUCUUGUGUCUUCCAGUACUUUCCGAUGAGUAUUCUUGCUGCUGUUGUAGCAUACAUAAAAAAAGUUCUAUCCUCCCUUCGCACCAAUUGGCCGACCAUGCCCAGAAGAAAGGCCUCUGGUUUCUUCAGAAAGGUAUAUUUAAAUACCUUUUUCAAUUCAUUAUAUAUCAUUUCCCAGAAAGCCUUAAUCCUUGGGCAUGUCCACCAAAGGUGAAAAAAUGUGCCCUCAGUCUCUUUACAUUUCCAACAUUUAUUAUCGGGCAAAUGAUAGAUUUUUGCAAGCUUGACUGGAGUUAAGCACUACCUGUAAAUCAUUUUCAUUAUAUUUUCUCUUAAGGCAUUACAAGCCGUAAAUUUCAUACCUGUGGUCCAUAACUGUUCCCAGUCAGCAAACAUAAUGUUGUGUCCAAAGUCUUGUGCCCAUUUAAUCAUAACAGAUUUAACCGUUUCAUCCUGUGUAUUCCAUUUCAACAGCAAGUUAUACAUUCAUGAUAAAUUCUUAGUUUUAGGAUCUAACAAUUCUGUUUCCAAUUUUGAUUUUUCCUCCUGGAAGCCAAUCUUCUUAUCUAAAUUAUAAGCCUCCCUUAUUUGAUAAUAAUGAAGCCAGUCUCGAACUUUAGUUUUUAAUUUGUCAAAGCUCUGCAGCUUUAAUCUAUCUCCAUCUUGUUCUAAAAUUUCACAGUAUUUUGGCCAAUUUGUCUCCAUAUUGAUUUUUUUCAGAGCCUUAGCCUCCAUUGGUGACAGCCACCUUGGUGUUUUACUUUCCAACAAAUCCUUAUAUCUCACCCAGACAUUAAACAAUGCUUUCCUGACAAUAUGGUUCUUAAAGGCCUUAUGUGCUUUAACCUUGUCAUACCAUAAAUAUGCAUGCCAUCCAAAGACAUUGUUAAAACCUUCUAAAUCCAAAAUGUCCGUGUUUUCAAGAAGCAGCCAGCAAAAUGCGGCUGAUUCAUAAUAAAGUUUAAGAUCUGGCAGGGCAAAUCCACCUCUUUCUUUAGCAUCAGUUAAAAUCUUAAAUUUUAUUCUGGGCUUCUUGCCCUGCCAGACAAAUCUCGAAAUAUCUCUCUGCCAUUUCUUGAAACAGUCCAUCUUGUCCAAAAUCUGCAAUGUUUGAAACAAAAACAACAUCCUAGGCAAUACAUUCAUCUUUAUCACAGCAAUUCGGCCCAACAAUGAUAACUUCAAUUUUGACCAUAUUUCCAAAUCCUUUUUCACUUCCAUCCAGCAUUUUUCAUAGUUAUCUUUAAAUAAAUUCACAUUUUUAGCAGUCAUAUGAACCCCUAGAUAUUUCACUUUCUUAACCAAUAUUAAUCCUGUCUCCUUCUGAAACCUCUCUUUCUCAAUCUCUGUAAGAUUUUUCUCUAACACCUUGGUUUUCACCUUAUUCAACUUAAAUCCUGCUACUUGACCAAAUUCUUGAAUUAAUUGCAAUACUCUUUUGGUACUGGAUUCUGGCUCCUGUAAUGUCAAAACCAAAUCAUCAGCAAAGGCUUUCAAUUUAUACUGUUUAGCUCCGAGUUGUAUACCUUUAACCAAUUGGUCUUUCCUGAUCAUGUUAAGCAGAACCUCCAGGACCGAUAUAAAAAGCAAUGGGGAGAUUGGGCAACCCUGUCUUGUUCCUUUCUCAAUCUUAAACUCUUCUGUAACCACGUUGUUUACAAUCAACUUAGCUUUUUGUUCUGAGUAAAUUGCACCUAUACCGUUUUCAAAACCUUGGCCUACCCCCAUUCCCUGUAAAAUUUUCUUCAUAAAACUCCAAGAAAUAUUAUCAAAGGCUUUCUCCGCAUCCACAAAUAUUAAAACUGCUUUAGUGUUAAUAUUAACUUGUAAUUUUUCUAAAAUGUUAAUUAUAUUCCUCGUAUUAUCUGACAAAUGCCUCCCGGGAGAAAGCCCGCUUGGUCCUUAUGAAUUUCUUCCACCAAUACCUUUUUAAUCUUUUAGCCAUAAUUUCCGCAAAAAUUUUGUAAUCCACAUUAAGUAGAGAUAUGGGACGGUAGUUCUUAAGCUGUGUCUUUUCCGCUUCUGUUUUCGGUAUAAGUGUAAUAUAAGCUUCUUUCCACGACUCGGGUGCCUCCCCCCCCCCCAAUAUUUCAUUGCAAACUUCUUUCAAAGGCUGUAUUAACCAUUCUUUCAAAGAUUUAUAGUACUUUGCAGUCAGACCAUCUGGCCCUGGAGAUUUGCCCAAUUUCAUAUCCUGAAUGGCUCCUUCCACCUCUUGGUCAGUUAUUAUACAGUUUAGCAUUGAUUUACUCUCUUGCGAGAUUUUUUGUAAUCCAUUUGUUCUCAAAAACCGAUCAAUGUCUAUUUCUUUCUGAGUCUCCUGCGUGUAUAACUGUUUAAAGUACUUCUGAAAACACUUUCUAAUCUCCGCAGGGUUCUGUAUGUUCUUUCCCUCUACUACCAAAUUCGUAAUAGUAUUAAGUUUUUGUCUUUUUUUCAUUUGCCAUGCCAGCAGUUUCCCACACUUGUUCGCUGAUUCAAAUGUCUUUUGUCUCAUCUUCCAUUCUAUUUCCUGAUUUGUCAGUUUCAUAUAUUGUACUUGAUAUAGCUUUAUCUCUUUUAAGAUCUCCUGUGAAUUCGGUUUCAUCCUCAGUCUCUUUUCUCCAUCCUCCUUUAUUUUCUCCAAGAUUUUUUCCCUUUUCUCAUUUUGAACUCUUUUCCUAAUUGCAUUUUGUUGUAUCAGAAACCCUCUCAUAACUGCUUUACUUGCAUCCCAAAUCACUCUUUGUUCAGUCGUGGUAUUCAUGUUUAUCUCAAAAUAGUCUCAAGUUUUUCUGGGCCUUUUUGAUAAUUUCCUCGUUCCUAAACAGGGAGUCAUUCAUCCUCCAUCUGAAAGAUCCAAUUGGCAUUAAUGUCAUUUCCAUCUUCACUGCAUUAUGAUCAGAGCAAAUUUUAGGGCAAAUUACCGCUUUUUUUAUCUUCGGGGCCAGUCCCCUAGUUAUCCAAAUUUGGUCUAUUCUUGUCCAUGUCAUUUUAGCUUCAGAGAAGAAGGUUCCUUCUCUUUCCAAGGGGUUCUUUGUUCUCCAAAUAUCUACAAGAUCCAUAUUGUCAGUCAUUUCAAAAAAUGUCUUUGGUAGUCUGCCAUCUUUCGUCACCGUUUGUUUUUGGGCUUUAGCCAUAUUUGUAGACACUACUCCAUUCAUAUCUCCCAUCAAGAUUAUGUUGUAAUCCAAAUAGUCCAGUAAAAUUUCAUGCAAUUUCUUAAAAAAUUCUGAUUUUCCCUCAUUUGGUGCAUAAAUGCCUAAUGUCAAAAACUUCUGACCAUGGGGUUGUAUUUCAAUUGCGAUAAAUCUUCCUUGGUCAUCUUUAAAUAAAAAUUUCGGUGACAGGCUUUCCUUUGCAUAAAGUACUACUCCUCUUUUUUUAACGUUGUCUGAUGAAAUAAAUUCUCCCAAUCUUUUAUUGAUCAAAAUUUUCCGAUGUAGCCUUGUCACAUGCGUUUCUUGUAAACAAAUCAAGUCCAAAUGUUCUUUUUUUAAUAUAUGAAAUACUCUCCCCCUUUUUUCCCGAGAGUUCAGUCCAUUCACAUUCCAACUUAAUACUUGCAGUGUCAUGAUGUACUUACUCUCCUUCUCCCCCAACAGCCCCCAACAGUUUGUCUAUAUCUGUCGGUGGCGUUGAUUUCCCUUUUUUUGUAAACUCUUGUCCAGUGCGGCAGGCUCUUUUCCAAGUCCUUUCUGUAGGUCUUCUUCGUAUGUGCUCAAAAACUUAUUUUUUUCCUCCACUGAUCUUAUUUUUAUCUUUCUUCCUUUGAAACUAAAGGAUAGGCCUUGAGGGAAAUCCCACCUGAAGAGGAUCUUACUUUUUCUCAACAGGGCCACCAAAUCUCCAAAGUCUUGUCUUAAAUCCAAAAGAUGUUUCGGUAUGUCUUUGAAGAUUUCCACUUUUGAUUGCAGAAUUAUCAAGGGUUUCUGGUAAUGCAAACCCAAAAUUUUGUCCCUUUCUUCUUUAGAUCAGAGGGUAAUCAGGCAAUCCCUUAUUUUAAUCUUUUUUCCUCCUUUUCCCAGUCUGAAGGCCCUCACGAUCUUAAAAUCUUCUUGUUUCAAUUCCGAUUUCCAAAAUUCUGCAAAUUCUUGUGUCAAAAAAUCUGUCAGGGUGCCCGUCUCCAGCUCAGGAAUAGCUCUAAGAAUUCGUCUGUUUCUCUUUCAAUUCGAUCAUAGACAGCGUCAACUUAUGAUCUGCAAUUUCCUUCUGUAGGCCAGGGACCUUCUCAGUUUCCAGCUGCUCUACUUUAAAUUCCACGGCAGCAGUUUUUUCCUGUGUCGAUUUCGAUUCCUGCAAUAAUUUCUGAAUAGAUUCUGUAUUGCUAUUCACCUUUUUCCCCAAGUUAUCUAAUGUUUCUGUGUGUAGAUCAAUUUUUUUAUUUGCAGUAUCAACUUUCUUAUUCGUUUCUUCAACCUUCUUAUUCGUCUCAUCGACCUUUGUGCUAAGUUGUAAUAAAGUUUCAUUAAUCCUGGCCAAUGCAUUUGCUAAAACUUCUUCUGCCAUUCCACUGGACUUAGCUUGUGUUACUGUCGUAGGCAGACCAGCAGAUGAUUGCCUUCGAUGCCCCCAGGCUUUCCCAGACCUCAAAACUGACGCGUCUAAUUUUUCUUUCCCAUCUGCCAUAACAAUGGAGAAGCCAAGGUCACUCUCAGAUAGGCUAUUCCUGUUUACCAGUGGAAAAUUCCCUUGUUGCAAUUUCAAAAAGUCCCCCUAGGUGGACACUGUUGCAAUAGUCCAAAGAAGUAACUUUCCUUCUUAGAGUAACAAAGGGAACUCCAGUCAAAGAAAGAAAACAGUUCAAAUUAAAUUACCUUCCAGUUAUUUUUCCAACAAAGCUGGCCACAAUGUAUCCACCUUACUGUCAGCAGAUCUCUUUUGACAGCUUUUGACAGCUGAGACGUCUCACUGGCAGAUCGUUCCCAGGGGAUUUUUACACUUCUCCUUUCUUUGAACAGCUUUACACAGUCCAAAGCAACCCCCUUCCUUCCCUGCUUUCAGAAGGGUAGAUUCAGAAAAGUUCUCAAGUCGGAAAACAGCUCUUUUCAAACUUGGUUUCAACGCUUUAGCUCUAAAGUCUCUAUGCUUUACACUAUCUACAACACGGGAGGCAGACUUCCUGGUUAUACCUCCCGCCGCGGUAGCCAAUUCAGUCCUUUUUUUCUUUUCUGAUGAACCCAAUUCAAUCAGUCUUUUAUUUUUAAAAUAAGCCCAAUUCAGUCAGUCUUUUGGCAGUCCAAUUCCGCCUACUCACGGAUAAUCCUUUAAGAUCCAAUUGUUCCAGGAUAGAAAUCAGCGCUCUCCAGCAACGGCAACGCAGCUUCGCUCCGUGAAAGCAGCAAUUGACUCACAGCACCGCGCCUCUCCCCCGUUCCGCUCCGAAGCCUCGGAAAGGGCUUCCUCGCGAGUUGGGGGGGCGCUGAAGGGUGCCCGCCGAGUCCCCACGUUCGCAGGCUUCACUGCCUGCGAUUUCUAAGGGUCCCCGCUCCGCCGCAGCGCUCAGGACCCGAUUUUCACGGAGCCGACCCCCUCUGAGAUCAAAGGGAAUCCGCCAUUAGCUAAUGGCGCUGACCGGAAGUCUGUAAAAUACAUCUUCAGGGAUGUCAUUUUGCAUACUACUACAAAUAGUAGAUGAAGUGUUAGGCCUGUAUUUGCACUUUACCAUUCAGAUACUGUAGUUUUCUGUGUCUGACACUGCUGUUUGCUAAAUUUGUUUAGUCCAAAAAUGGGGGUCAUCUUAUACAUAGAUGGUAAAUGCACAGGGCUUGGGUUCUGGUUCUUGAAAUAUGGCAACCCUACCCCUUGGGCCAACUGCUGCAAAAAAAAAAAAAAAAAAAAAGCUCAGGAACUUAAGGCAACUUCCCUCGAAAAACAACUUGGGGUGACCUCCCCCCCAAAAGCUCAAAGUUGUUCUGUUUGAUGUUUAAAAUACUGAUUUCUUAAUUUUGGGUUCAAAAAAAUAGGGAUCGCCUUAUAGUAGUACUAUCACAAACAGUUUUACCAUCUUAUUUUCUGGUUAUGAGUUGCCGGUCUAGUGGCAGAGUUAAAGCCCAUCCAAUGAAUUUUUGGCAAAUACAGGAUUUGAACUGACGUCUUUUGGGGCCUAAGCCAGAUCAAGUUUCUGGAACAGAGCUAGAAAAUACUAAUAACUUCUUAAGCAUCUGUUCCAGUCUGUUGUAUGCCUAUUCUAUACAAUACUAAUAUUUAGAAUUAUUUGAAGCCACCAUUAAAUUUCACGCCAACUAAGUUUUCUGCAUCUAGUAAGCAGUCAAGACUGCUAUCAUGCAAUCAAAGGCAAUAUUGUGCAAGUUGCAAGUAGUAUGGUUGAGUGUGGAUGACCAUAGUAAGUCAUAAUAAAAACAUAUACUUCUCUGAAAUAUAUAUAUCCUUAAUACUGAUUGACUCUACACUUUUGUAAGACCUAUGAUUAUCAGGUUCCCCUUUUUAUAGCUAAAGACAGCUGAUCUGCCUUAUUCUUUUGGGAGGUAGGAGGGUUUGGCAAACAUCACAUGCUCUGCUGUGCACAAUUCGAGGUGCUGGAUGCAAGCCUACGUAUAUGCUACCCAGAAGCAUUUCCUUUUUCUUUUCAGGUCCAGUGCUGAGUUGUGAAGCUGCUACCCAAACAGAAUUAAAACCAGAACUAGCUACUGUCACUUUGCGAAAGAGUCUGAGAGCAAAGGCCUUGCGCUCACGGCCUCGGUCUUUGAUAGACUACAAAUCCUACAUGGAUACUAAACUGCUCGUGGCAAGGUUUCUAGAGCAGUCAUCCUGCACCAUGACCCCUGACAUACAUGAACUAGUGGAAGACAUAAAAUGUGUUUUAAAAUCAGAUGAGGAGCACAUGGAGGAAGCCAUCCACAGUGCCAGCUUCCUUGAGCAGGUAAUUGAUUAUUGCAGCUGAACUCCUAUGUUCCUUCACUGCAAUUGACAUAUCUGGCUUUCAGGAUGCAGAUUCAUUUUGUAGCUGCAGUUUUGGAAGUCUUGCUGGCCUGUGUCAACUUGGUUUUUGAAAGGAAAAAUAAUAGUUCAGUCAGAAUCAAACAGUUUAGGAUUCUUUUUAUGCUAGGUACUGAAUGUGGUGAUGGAAAAAUCUAGUCACAAUUCUCUUCACAUUUCUCCAAGCCUGGAGCUAGUGAUAAUAAGUGGUGAAUCUGUGUCAAUAUUUUUUAUUUAUUAACUUUUCACUUCUGAAUUUAUAAAAUUUAUAAAAUUCAUCCCUAUGGCAGAGUGAAACAGCAAGAAGGAUAAACAUAUGCUAACUUCAUGUGGAGGUAGUGAUCAUGUUAAUGCAGGAAAAAAACUCAUUAUAUACUGAUGUAGUACUACUGACAAGUAUGGAAUAAUAUUUUACUCACUUGGAAAAUAACCAAAAGGACUAUGAUACUUGUGAAUGAAGCCUCCAAACUCAUUUAGCAAAACAUAAAAAUAUGGACCAGCCCCUUCGAUUAUCUGCAGCCCUUUAAAGUCUGGAGCUGGGAGGCGGAUAAGUCUUAGAUACACAAAUAACACCACAAACAGGGGAAGAAGAGUAUGUGCUGGGGGAAUGGAUCGUCUCUUAAUAUAUCUGCUUUGGUUUGCUAGGUUACUAUCAAAUACGAGAUUAUUUCCUGCUUGUCCAAUUCCAUACUGAACUAGGAAAGGAGUGGAAAUGGCUCAAGUUUUGAAACCAGCCUGUUUGCCAUAGGCCUCUUGCUGCUUUUAUACUAAAAAAAAAAAAAUCUUUUUAAAAAGCAAAGUAGAUGCAACUCAUUUGUCUGGAUUACUGAAUAGUUUUGCUAUCGUUAGGAGUAAGUGCUAUAGACCCAUCAAUAAAAGACUAAAUUAGAGUCUUUUUAGGUAGCAUUCCAAAUAAAUAAAGUUAUGUACAGGCUCAAAUUCACAUGUGACUUGACUGUUUUUCAACAUACUGAAUGGCCCAUUUUAGUGUUUUAAGAUUGUUGGGAUUUUCAUAAUGAGAAGUAACUGUUUUCCUCCCUUGAUAUAAAAAUGUGAAUGGAAGGUGUUAUAAGGUAAACAAAACUGUACUUCCCCCCCCUUUUUUGUGAAGGUAAUGAUCCCUGCGUGUUCAUCUGCAUCAAAGGCAUAUACGCUGCCUUUUAGAAGGCACCCGGGACUCCUGCACUUGGAGAGCUGUGGGGAUGUGAGUACUUUUACUACAGCAGAAACCCGGCGGCUGGAGAGAACACAGAGGUCAGAGCCUGAACGGCCACAUAGUCUCAUUGGAGUUGUACGCGAAACAGUGCUCUGAACUAAUAGCUAUGAGUACUUUUAUCAGAUGCAAUGAACAAACCAGAAAACCACUCUGUGAAAAAACAAGUUAAUCUGUAUUUCAUACUUAUUGCUGCUUUUGGAAACAAUACUUGAGGACACUGUUGGAAGAGGUUACUUCUAGGAAAACCUCAGAAUGUUCCAAUUUGAAGCUGUCUUUAAAUCAAGUAUAUUCAGGUGCAAUUUGUAUAUAUGAGAAGCACUUUUAUUGGGUGUUGGGAAGAAAUAAGAGCAUGUGUUCGAAGAUGUUUGGAAGCAACUGAUUCAUUCUACUUAAACUUCUGUAGAAGGGCUUUAUGCCUCCAGUAGCUGUGGCUUCACUUGCGAUCUGCAGUUAAUUGCUUGUGUUUGGUCUCCAAGGAAAUAUGUGAUAGAGUUAGCCAUUGGAAUUGAUGUCAAACUAAAAGUGUUUGCUCUCCUCCACCCUUCUCUGGAGAUCAAUUGGUGCUAUACACUCAUUAGCAGAUGAAUCACACCCUCAAUCACAACUAUUCAGCUGGAUAAAUAUGCAACGGAAAACACCAAUGUUGUCCACAUGUACUGUGUUAAGAGUAAAAACAAAAUUGAUAUAAAGAGUUUACAAUGGGCCUCUCAGCCAUUGAAUGAACCUGGCUUUAAUUUUUUGAACAUGCUACCUGAAAGUGUUAAGGAGAUAAGGAGAGCCCUCAGAAGAGCAUACAUUGCUGUCCCAUUCAGGAAAAACAGUCAGAAUUCAGACCUCAUCAUGGGACUGAAACUGCCUUGGUCACGCUGGUCAAUGAUCUUCGGCAGGCUAGAGACAAAGGUGAGAGCAGUUUCCUAGUUCUGCUGGAUCUCUCGGGCAUUUGAAACCAUUGACCAUAACAUCCUUCUGGACCGCCUAGAGGGGCUGGGAGCUGAAGGCACUGUUAAUACAGUGGUUCCGCUCCUUCAUUCCGGGCUGUGACCAGAAAGUGGUGUUCAGACCCCUGGGCUCUCACUUGUGGGGUGCCUCUGGGUUCCGUCCUCUCCCCCAUGCUUUUCAACAUCUACAUGAAGCCGCUGAGAGAGAUCAUCGGGGGGGGGGGGUUGGGCUGGGUCAGUAUGCGGAUGCUACCCAGCUCUACCUCUCUUUCAAAUCAACCAGUGAAGGUCCUGUGUGAAUGUCUGUAGGCGGUUGGAGGAUGGAUGGAGGCUAACAGAUUGAGGUUGAAUCCUGACAAGACAGGAGGCGGGCUGGUGUGGAGGACUCCCUGGUCCUGAAUAGGGUAACUGUGCCCCUGAAGUAUCAGGAGCGCAGCCUGGGAGUCAUUUUGGGCUCCCAGCUGUCCACGGAGGCUCAGGUCAAUUCUGUAUCCAGGGUGGCUGUCUACCAGCUCCAUCUGGUAUGCAGGCUGAGACCCUACCUGCCCGCAGGCGGUCUUGCCAGAGUGGUGCAUGCUCUAGUUAUCUCCCGCUUGGACUACUGCAAUGCGCUCUAUGUGGGGCUACCUUUGAAGGUGACCCAGAAACUACAACUAAUCCAGAAUGCUACAGCUAGACUGGUGACUGGGAGCGGCUGCCGAGACCACAUUACACUGGUCUUGAAAGACCUACAUUGGCUCCCAGUACGUUCCUGAGCACAAUUCAAAGUGUUGGUGCUAACCUUGAAAGCCCAGUAUACCUGAAGGAGCGUCUCCACCCCCAUCGUUCAGCCCAGACACUGAGGUGCAGCGCCGAGGGCUUUCUGGUGGUUCCUUCACUGCAAGAAGUGAAUUUACAGGGAACCAGACAGAGGGCCUUCUCGGUAAUGGUGCCUGCCCUGUGGAACGCCCUCCCACCAGAUGUCAAACAAAAAAACCACCAAACUUUAGAAGACAUCUGAAGGCAGCUCUUGUUUAGUGAAGCUUUUAAUAUCUGAAGGAAUAUUGUAUUUUAAUCUUUUGUUGGAAGCCUCCAAGAGUGCCUGGGGAAACCCAGCCAGAUGGGCAGGGUAGAAAUAAUAAAUUUCUUAAUCUUAUGUAAAGCACUCCUUUUAAGUUGUUUGUGAGACAUAACUAUUUCAACUAUUUCAAAGUACAAUUACACUCAUCUCUUUAGAUGUUAAAAGUAAAUUAUGCUUCAAAAUGUUCUUCCUCACUCUGUGCAUAUUUGUAAGGGCAAAGGAAGUGAUUUUCACCAAUAUUAUUUUAUGUCAAAAAAAUGAAGGGCUGAAUCAUUAAUUGCAGCUUCUUGUAAAAGUGGGAGUUGUUAUGACCAUGGAGAGUUCUCUUCCCAACAUGGAUACAAAUAUUUAUGGAGUUCUGGAAGGUUGUAGAAAUGGAAAUCCAUUAAUAACAAGGUAGUUCAAUCAGAAUAAACCUUCCUAGUUCAGCAUUAAUGAAGUUUUGGCUAUAACCUAAUGCCUUUUUUGGUUUGUUUCAUUUUUUAUUGUUGCAAAUCUUACAGACAUUAGCACUCUGUUAAGUAAAGGAAUGUAGCACACAUGAAUACAUCACAACAAAAGAGAGGCCAAAAAAUUAAAAAUAAAGUAAAAAAAUAACCACCCCAUCCCACCCACAAGCUGCAUUACAGAGAAAGGGGCCAGAAACCUGUGAUAAGAGUCUGAGAAAUUACAUUCAGUAAAUGUGCAGUACCAACAUUCCAGGUUCACAUUUAUAUGGAGAGAGAGAGAGAGAGAGAGAGAGAGCUCAUCAAGUUUAGUGUUUACAAGAACAAUAUUGUUACAAAUACAAUACUAUACUUCUCCUGACGCAUUUCAGUGAUUUCUAUUCACCCUCUUUACAGAACAGUAGUAUAAAUAUCAUAUUCUUUAGUACUGUGCUCAGUCCCUAUGUAUACACACACACACACACACACAAACACGCUUGCCAUCUUCAGACACAGAUUUCUUUUUAUUCCCAGAAGUACAAAGACCUCCCCUCCCUCUCCCCAAAAGCUUGUACUUGAAAAAUCCCAAAACAUAUUGCAAAUUAUAAUGCAAUUCAGACACACACAUAGAAAAAUGGUAAAUCAAGAGGCAAUUUCAACUGUUUUGUAAACAUGGAAGAAUUAAUAAAGUACACAAGUAGGCAACUAUCAUUCUUGCUGAGUUUAGCAAACUUGAAGUAUAAAAUAAAUUCUUCCUUUGAUCCCAAUACAGUACGUAAUGCUUACUAGAAUUUCUUAACAAGCUGUUAAAACAUCAAUUUUAACAUAACCUUUCAGUCCAUAUGGUUCUUUAACAUUGAGAGGUCUAGAGCUGGAAAUCAGGUCACAAGUCAGAUUCCCUAUGUACAAGCAGCACAACACUGCAACCGUGCUGAGAAAUGUCCACAUGAACCAGGUUGUAUGUGAACAUAGUUGACAAUGUUUUUUGUAAUUGUGACAGCACUUUCCCAAACUUCUGCAGUUCUAAGCAGCAGCAGCGGUUUGUCUCCAUGUCUGGCUCCCCCUUCCACUGCACCUGUGAGGCCCUGUGUGCAAUAGCCCUGUGUGUGUGAAAGCAAUGUGAAACUUACGAUGGAGCAAUAAAGGCCAAGCCCAAAGAGGUUUAGGACACUGAUAAUUUUACUCUCAUGUAAUAAUUUGAAAGACAUCGAGUUAAGGACAUGGUUAUGUUUCCACCAGUAAUGGUCUGAUUUUAUAUAUAUAUAUCCAUUCCAGUCCCAUUUAUAUCCUAGUAUCUUGGAUGUUUAAUAACAGCUGUGAAAACAUGCCUCUUGGCUAAGCCUGAAAAAGAAAUAGAUCUAUUCUGUGAGUCAACAUGGUUAAGUGGUUGGGCUUUCAAGACCAGCUUUUCAUUCAGGGAUUUUCUGGAAAAGCUGUUCUGUAUAUAGAGAAACAAGAUUUUCCUGAUUGGGUGUCGAUAAGAUGAAUAAUGGCUUAGGACAGGCAUAGGCAAACUCAGCCCUCCAGAUGUUUUGAGACUACAAUUCCCAUCAUCCUUGACAACUGGUCGUUAGCUAGGGAUGGUGGGAGUUGUAGUCCCAAAACAUCUGGAGGGCGAGUUUGCGUAUGCCUGGCUUAGGAGGAAGAAAGUGUGUUUCCUUGUGGGAAGCGGGAAGAAAGGGCUAUAGGUUAGUUGGAGUUGGUAGAAAAAAAUGGUGAACAACACUAUGUAUAAUUUAAUUUUAUAUGUUCUCUACAUUUGCUACUAUUGCAUUUAGUUAAGGAACUUAGGGGUUGUGUGCUGUUGUGUAAAGUCCAUUCUUUACAUCUUACUGAAUCUAGGUAGCCUCAGACCAAGUACAAACUAUGGCUGUUAAUCUGGAAUACCAGCAUUACUAUCUUUAGAGAUCCCAUGGCUUAGAAUCCCUUUAAUUUAAUAAAAGAGUUGUGCAGUGUUGUUACUCUGAAGAUAUUCAAUUCCUAUAUUUCUUUGCAUCAUUAUUUGGCCUAGUCAAAAGGAUACUGAUAGUUCUCUUUUCUACUGCAACUCCCUAUUUCAGAAGUGAAAAUGCAAUCCUUGCACGCUUCCCAUUGUCCCGGUAGAAAAGCUGUAAUGACAUACACAAAAUCCACAUUUUUCAAGGCCAUUUUUGAGACACAGUGCGGCUUUUUCUCCCUCUCCAACUUUUUGUUCAUUUACACCUCACUCCCCCUGCAUCACAGUUAAAUAACUUCAAUAGGCUGUAAAUCCUACAGCUGAAAAUAAUUCUUCUGGUUUUGCUUUGGAAAAAAUGUGGCCAAUUUUUUUGGAAAAAGACUUUCCUUACAUACAUUUGCUAAUGGUUUCUUAUCUAGCAUGCUGUCCAGGUCCACACCACUUUGCGGUGGUGCAAUAAAGCAACAGCAUCUGACGCCGGCCAAAACAUGCAGCCAAAUAUGCACAAGUCCUGCCCCCUCCAAUGCAGAGUUGCCUCUUGGUUUCCAUGGGCUGAGGGGUUAGGCAAGUGAGGAAGAUAUUGUUGCUAGACUUGUCCAGGUUGAAAUAUUUCUCUCUCUCUCUUAUUAUCUCCUAUAAGACUUCUACAGAGUG